UGAGUCCCAGUCAGGAGACAUACCUGCUCAGACACUAUGAGUACAGUCUGCAUCCUCCUGGGACUCCUCCUGUACAGUGUGGCCACCUGGGCUACUGAGCCAGCAGGUUAGUGGGUACAGCUGUACCAGCAGGGUAACAGGUAUGGGAAGCAUGGUACCUGGACAAGGAUGUAGGGGAUAUACAGGAAUGACUGACAGUGUGCUCUAACCAUGAGACUGUACCUUAUCCCCAUAACUCCUGCUGCUUUAAAUGGAUCUAAUGCUGUUUUUCUCAUGAAUUAAAAGGACAUUACAGACCCCUAAAGCACUUUACCUUGCUGAAGGAGUGAAGAGUCUUUUUAUCCUUUACAAUAAGUGCACUUGUCACUUUUAUAAAUUAACCUUGUUACACCCCCUGGCUGUCAAUCAGACAACUCGUCCUGUUACUUCCUGGUUUGUUUAGCUCAGUGGAACUAAACUUUGUAUAUAGCUCUAAUUAAAUAAAAUGCAGACAUGUUAUCAUUGGAGGUGUAACUACUAAACAGUGUUUUUUUUUGUUUUUUUUGUUUGUGUCAUGAAAUGUCCAAUUAAAAGAUAUCUGCAUAAAAUCUCAUGAUCUAUUUCUGCCGUGUGUAACUGUCCCGCUGUCUGUACCUCCCGUGUAUAACUGUCUCGCUGUCUGUACCUCCCGUGUAUAACUGUCUCGCUGUCUGUACCUCCCGUGUGUAACUGUCCUGCUGUCUGUACCUCCCGUGUCUAACUGUCCCGCUGUCUGUACCUCCCGUGUGUAACUGUCUCGCUGUCUGUACCUCCCGUGUGUAACUGUCCCGCUGUGUGUACCUCCCGUGUGUAACUGUCCCGCUGUGUGUACCUCCCGUGUGUAACUGUCUCGCUGUCUGUACCUCCCGUGUGUAACUGUCCCGCUGUGUGUACCUCCCGUGUGUAACUGUACCGCUGUGUGUACCUCCCGUGUGUAACUGUCCCGCUGUCUGUACCUCCAGUGUGUAACUGUCUCGCUGUGUGUACCUCCAGUGUGUAACUGUCCCGCUGUGUGUACCUCCCGUGUGUAACUGUCUCGCUGUCUGUACCUCCCGUGUGUAACUGUCUGUGACGAGACCAAUCUCGCCACAUUGCAUUGGAGAAGCCUAUUUGCCAGCCUCCUUCCACAUGACUAUGGCCCCUGGCACAUGACUAUGGCCCCCACUUUUAUUGGGUGUGUAUGGCCCUUUAAGACAGCCAGUGGGCAUAUUGUGGCUUAUGGAUUCUCUAUGGGACUGGUGCUGGCCCUUUAAACACCUUUUGGGACAUCAGGAAGAUUGGGACACUGCCCCUUUAAGAUGGUGUCCCCAGACUUGUUUGGGACACUGCCCCUUUAAGACGGUGUCCCCUGUGUCCCCAGACCUGGUGCAAACCCUUUGUGCCUGGCUAUUUCCCACUUGGUUCAGUAAAUGGGGAUUACUGAACCAAGUACCACACAGGCAGACCACCCAGAAGUGGAAGUGUGCAGGCAAUUUACCUCCCAGAAGCUUCGGUUAACUGCACCUUAAUUGACAAUGCUGGGUGGCCUUUGUUUGUUUGCCGAACACGUGGCGGCGGCCAUCUUUGUUAAUGCGAACGAGGUCAGCGGUAUGUGUAGCCAAAUUCAUGGAACUAAAAUCGGCUACACAUUUCCGCGAACACCGCUGAGCUCUACCUUCUCCCAUACUGAUUUUACAGCUGCAGAGACUGUCCGAUUCGGCGAUGGGACUUAGUCGUUUUUUCAGCCUGAAAUAGACCGACCGCACAGCCCAGAUCUAUGGAAUUGUUUUGGGAAGGAAAAUGUGCUUGCGGUCGGUCAUAAAGGGACCUCCAGCUAACUUUUUAACCCCUGGAUGGAUUUGGCUGAUUUUUGGUUAUGUUUAUGUUUAAAGUGUGCUGAUUAAUAAUAUGUAAUAAUGAAGAUUGGAUGUGUAGUUUUAAAGUUAUAGUACAUGUAUAAAAAAUGUAUUUUUCCUGCUUGUGAUAAUUUAUGUUAAGCAUUGUGUGCCAUAAUUAGAUCACAGGCAGAGGGGAGGAUUUUUGUGUGUAAUUGCCGGGAGUGUUUCUGUAAUGUACGUUUAUGAUUGGUUGUUGUGUAAAACCCUGUGGGCGGUACUAAUGUGUAUAUAAGGAUAAUAAACCCACAGGUCUGUCUGUUCACUGCUUGACUCUCAACACGGAGCUUUGUCUCGUUCUUGGGGGGGAUUUAUUGUAUGCUGUUCCAUUUUGACUGCUAGGAGUGUAAACCUAUUCGUAUGGUUUUUCCUAUUCGGCUGUUUACAGCAUUCGUAUGGUUUCCUGUUCGGCGGAUUGGUGUUCUGCAGUAGCUGUGCCUGUGUCUCUGGAAGGGGACAAUCGCCUAAACGGUUUUAACCCCUUGUGUGCUGAAACGGUCCGUUACACUGUCUGUACACAUCCUGUGCUCGUUUUAUUGAUAGACUGGGCCAUACACACAUCCAUUGCUCUGUGCUCGUUUAUUGAUAGACUGGGCCAUACACACAUCCAUUGCUCUGUGCUCGUUUUAUUGAUAGACUGGGCCAUACACACAUCCAUUGCUCUGUGCUCGUUUUAUUGAUAGACUGGGCCAUACACACAUCCAUUGCUCUGUGCUCUUUUUAUUGAUAGACUGGGCCAUACACACAUCCAUUGCUCUGUGCUCUUUUUAUUGAUAGACUGGGCCAUACACACAUCCAUUGCUCUGUGCUUUUUUUAUUGAUAGAAUGGGCCAUACACACAUCCAUUGCUCUGUGCUCGUUUAUUGAUAGACUGGGCCAUACACACAUCCAUUGCUCUGUGCUUGUUUAUUGAUAGACUGGGCCAUACACACAUCCAUUGCUCUGUGCUCGUUUAUUGAUAGACUGGGACAUACACACAUCCAUUGCUCUGUGCUCGUUUAUUGAUAGACUGGGACAUACACACAUCCAUUGCUCUGUGCUCGUUUAUUGAUAGACUGGGACAUACACACAUCCAUUGCUCUGUGUUCGUUUAUUGAUAGACUGGGACAUACACACAUCCAUUGCUCUGUGCUCGUUUAUUGAUAGACUGGGACAUACACACAUCCAUUGCUCUGCGCUCGUUUAUUGAUAGACUGGGCCAUACACACAUCCAUUGCUCUGCGCUCGUUUAUUGAUAGACUGGGCCAUACACACAUCCAUUGCUCUGCGCUCGUUUAUUGAUAGACUGGGCCAUACACACAUCCAUUGCUCUGCGCUCGUUUAUUGAUAGAAUGGGCCAUACACACAUCCAUUGCUCUGUGCUCGUUUAUUGAUAGAAUGGGCCAUGCACACAUCCAUUGCUCUGUGCUCGUUUAUUGAUAGAAUGGGCCAUACACGCAUCCAUUGCUCUGUGCUCGUUUAUUAAUAGCAUAGUUAGUUCCACUGUAGUAACCAUGGACAAUUACUAAAAAGAUAUAAGCCUAAAUAAUACAGCUCAUCUGAAAGAGCAUUAUUGGGAGAGAGAAGAUAAAAUGGAAGAAGAAUACAGAAAAAAGGAGCAAAUCCAUUAGUCUGCAUCAGACAACUCCUUCUCUGAUACUCUAUUGUAGAACGUAGGUUAAACUGAAGGUAGGCCUGAUGGACAUCCCGAGAAAUUGAAGUGGAGAGGUUUCAGGCAGCUAUAACUUAUAAGUAUAUCCCAAACAAUAUACAAUUGAUAAAUAAUAUAAAAAGCAAUAGUACUUAGCUUAUAAAGAUGUAUGACAGCCUCCCUAGGUCGUUACCCAAACAAGCGACCUAUAUCAUAUAUAGUAUAAACCAAAACAGAGAAGAUUCGGGAUAUGGCUGUGUAAAUCUACAGAGAAAGCAUAAAACAAAACAUAGUGUGAUAUUGUUAUAAAACACAAUAUUUCAUGCGCAGUAAUCUUGUGCACUCACAGGAUGUAGGCAGUAAAAGCUUAAAAUGUGGUAAUAUUGCCAGGAGGCACACAAGAAGUGACCCUGUCCACUCCUGUGGACAGAAGCUGAUUGAUCUCCCUAGGAGGGCUUUAAUAUCUCCCUCCAUACGAGGGUUUGCUUCUUCCUCACUAGAGGAAGGAUUAUUAAGGCUCCAGCGAGGAUUCCUCAAGGGGCAUUUUAGCUGCCAGCCUACUUGGACCUCGCAUCAGAAAAUCUCCAAUAUCUUGGGAUCCCUUAGACAUCGAAACCUUCUUAGAUCGUCUCCCCAUAAUAUCUUUUGUAAGUCUGAGUAAGUCAAGAGGCCAAAAUUUCAGUAAAAUCUAAAUAUGUGCAAUUAGUUUUGUUCCAAACGUACAUUCGGACGCAAUUCAGAUGCUAAUGAAUGUCCGAAGUUCUGAAAUGCUUCGGAUUUCUGAAAAGUGUCAAAACGAGAGAGGAAGGGCAAAUUACGUGAAUGAUGAAAGGAAUCUUGACCAAUAAGCGAAUUCCCGGCACUGGGAGCCCUAUAGAUGUGUAAGGAGUUGGGAUGACAGUCCUGGCACUUGGAGCCCUAUAGAUGUGUAAGGAGUUGGGAUGACAGUCCUGGCACUUGGAGCCCUAUAGAUGUGUAAGGAGUUGGGGUGACAGUCCUGGCACUUGGAGCCCUAUAGAUGUGUAAGGAGUUGUGGUGACAGUCCUGGCACUUGGAGCCCUAUAGAUGUGUAAGGAGUUGGGGUGACAGUCCUGGCACUUGGAGCCCUAUAGAUGUGUAAAUGGUUGGCGUGGCAGUCCUGGCACUGGGAGCCCUAUAGAUGUGUAAAUGGUUGGCGUGGCAGUCCUGGCACUGGGAGCCCUAUAGAUGUGUAAGGAGUUGGGGUGACAGUCCUUGCACUUGGAGCCCUAUAGAUGUGUAAGUGGUUGUGUUGGCAGUUCUGGCACUGGGAGCCCUAUAGAUGUGCUAGUGGUUGGGGUGGCAGUUCUGGCACUGGGAGCCCUAUAGAUGUGCUAGUGGUUGGGGUGGCAGUCCAGGCCCUGGGAGCCCUAUAGAUGAGUAAGUGGUUGUGGUGGCAAUUUUGGCACUGGGAGCCCUAUAGAUGUGUAAGUGGUUGGCGUGGCAGUCCUGGCACUGGGAGCCCUAUAGAUGUGCUAGUGGUUGGGGUUAGACUUUCCAUGAGAUAGGUAUUAAAUAAUAAAAAGAAAGGUGGAGAUUUACCAAAAUGUUCUGUUUAUCCUGUUUCACAUCAUCCGUAUUCAUUAACCCAAAAUUGGACAACAACCAGCAAAUCCAGAAAAAACUUUAUGGAACCCAACAAGCUGUACCUCAACAACAGACUUUAUGCUUUUCCAUAAGGUAUUUCCUUAAUAAAAAAAUAACAAGUUAAUUUGACAGUGAAAUAAUUGUGUUUGUAAAAAGCAACGUCUGUGCUGGUCAAAUCUCUGAUCUCAAUGGACCAUUCAAUAUCAUUAUCACUUAAUUCCAGUAGGUAGUAAAUCAGUCUGAAUUCAAUGUAUCCCCAAUUUGUUAUUUAUAUAAUUACACGUGGAUUAACUCGUUCUUUUUCUAUCGCCCUCUAAACCUCUUCUUUUCCUUCAGUCACCACAAUCUAUUCUACUGACUUUGAUUAUUGACCUCGUUAUCUCCAUUCUUCAGAUUUAGAUUUACUCAAUGUGUGUCCUCCGUUUGAUCCCUCCAUCUGUCCACUGGCCAAACCAGAGCCUGAUGAGUGUAAAUUCGACAGUCCGUGUCCAAGUGGCAAAAAAUGCUGUUGCUCCAACUGUGGCUGGAAAUGUGUAACCCCCGUGCAAGGUAAGAUAGAGUAAUUUAUACUUCUGGUAAAACAUUAUUUGUCGUUUUGAGAUUCAUAAACUAUAGAGAUCUCAGAAACCAGGAACUGGGAUAUAUACAGCAGGGUAACAAAUCACAAUUUCAUGAGUGUCCUGAACCCCUUCUGGGAGACCAAGCAGUUCCUUAAAAUAUCUAAUUUGCCACAAAUAUCUAUUUAUUUAUAAAAUAUUUUACCAGGAUGGAUACAUUGAGAUUUCUCUCAUUUUCAAGUAUGUCCUGGGUCCACAAAACAUUGCAUUGAUACAAUAUAUAAAUACAUACACACACACACACACACACACACACACAGAGACCCAUGCAGACACGCUGACCCAUACAGACUGAUACAUACUGUAAUGGCACCCUCAGGCAUAAAAGGGGUUAAAAGCCGUUUAAGAGAGAUUCCCCUUCCAGAUAUACAGGCAGCUACCAAAGACACCAAUCCGCCGAACAGGAAACCAUAUUAAUGCCGUAAACAGCCGAAUAGGAAAAACCAUACGAAUAGGUUUAGACUCCUAGCAGUCGAAGUGGAACAGCAUACAAUAAAUCCCCCCCUCCCCCCCUCAAGAAUGAGACAAGGCUCCGUGUUGAGGGUCAAAACAGGAACAGACAGAGCUGUGGGUUUAUUGCUCUUAUAUACACAUUCUUACACAUUAGUACCACCCACAGGGUUUUGUAAAACAACCAAUAAACACAUACAAUACACUCAGACACUCCCACACAAAAUCCUCCCCUCUGCCUGUGAUACAAUUACCUUACACAAUGGGUAAUGGAAUUAUCACAGGCAGAGAAAUAGUUUUUCCACAUUAUUCAUAAUUUUAAAAGUAUGCAUCACAUUCACAUAAAAUUUUCAGAAUCAGCAUACUCCAAAUGCAAACAUACGUCAAAAUCAUACAAAUUCGUCCAGUGGUUCAAAAGAUAGAUCGUAGUCCUUUGUGACCAAAUGAAGCAUGGCUUUUCUGCUCAAAACCAGUUCCACAGAGUCUUCUAUCCUGGAGAUAAUUGGGAAGUAAUCCAAUUAUCUCCAAGGACAGAGGCAAAACUCCAUUGAACACAUGGCAGCAAAAGACAAUAAAAUACAUAAAAAUAUAUAACUGUGCAGCCAUUGCAUAAAACAGGUACAUUCCACAUAUCCCCAGAUAGCUCAGGUCUGAGCACACAUUAUUACUGAAUGGCGCUCAGACCACACACAUACAGUUCAAUUGCCAUGGAGCCAAAGUCUUUCCCAUAGUCUUUCAUUAUACGAAUGGACUCCAUGGCAUAGCUAUCUGGGGUAUCACCGCUCAAACAGGGCAAGCACCGAAUGACCCAGCUUUCGUGUCUUUGCAGGGGAAAAUCAAGCGUUUCAACAUAGUCUAAAGGCAGCAGGCGGGCAACCAACUCCUCCAAUGCACAGUGGCAAGAUUGGUCUUGUCACACAUACAUACACUGAUUCAUUAAGACUGCACACAUUUCCAUAUAUACACACACAGACCCAAGCAGACUAACAUACACAAACAUGCUGACUGAAGCAUACUGACACACAUUCUAUGGAACACACUGUGCAUGCUCUCUUACCUUUAUUGCACUUUGCUCUUCAUUCAUGCCUUCUUUACUGCGCCUGGCGGCCGACACUCUUUACAGUGUUGUCUGCAUACAUGUGUACAGUUAAGGAUUUGCAUUAGUUAGAUAGAUCAUUUAUAAAUAAUGUGAAUAGAUGGGGGUAGAGUAUGGAGCCUUGGGGAACAUCACACAUGACUGGAAGAGGGAGGGAAGUGCUAUCAGAAAUGACCACAUAUUGUAAUCGGUCUGAAACUUACGAUCGAAACCCGGUUAGCGGACAAUCGCCAAUGCCUGAGUUUUUAAAGUUUUUGCAAAAGAAUGCCAUAGUCUACUGUGUCAAAGGCCUUGGCAAAGUCAAGGAAAAUAGCUCCAGUUAAGUCUCCUUGUUCCAUGCCAAUUCGGAUGUCAUUGCAAACUUUUAAGAGGGCAGUCGAAGUUGAGUGAUUUGGACGAAAGUCUGAUUGAUCAGGGGUCAGAUAAUUUGAUUUGUGAUAAUAUUCACACAGUUGCGAGUGGACACAUUUCCCCAAGAUUUUUGACAAUACCGGGAGCAAUGAUAUCGGGCGAUAGUUAGAUACCAAAGUAUUGUCACCACUUUUAUGGAUAGGUACAACUUUUGCAGUCUUCCAAAGUUUGGAUAUGUAUCCAGACACCAGGGAUUCAUUGAUAAGGGUAGUGACAGAUUGAGAAAUAGCUGGUGCACUGAGCUUCAGCAACAUUGCUGGGAUUAGAUCAGGUCCAGAUUGGUUUUUCAUUAUUAAAGCAUUAAGAUGUUUAUUAACGACAUUAACAAGCAUAGGUCUAAAAUUUAAUUUAUCUAUGUGAGGAUUUUGAAGAUUUGGCAGAGCCUGGUAUUUAUUUGCGGUCUGAGAAUGAGUGUCAUUUGUUAUCUUAGCAACCAGGGGGUAGCACAUCCAACAAAAUAAUUAUUAAAGGCGUUCGCUACAUCUAGGGGGUGUUGCAGUGUUUGGUUGUCCAUUUUGACAGUGGAGGGUUGGGAGUGGAUUGUGGGGGUUUGUUUGCUAUUUAUGAUUUUCCAGAAGUUUCUUCUGAUAAGUUGUUGUUCAAAUCUUCACUGAAAUAUCGGGCCUUUGCCCUUUUUGUUUGCUUUGUGCAUGCAUUUUGCCAUUGUCUGUAAGUACAGUGAUCGUUCAUGGAGUCAGUACGCUUUGACCACAGUGAAUCUCUAAACUGGUACAUUGGAAUGAGGUUAGCUGUGACCCAGGGCAGGUGUGUCCCUUUUAGUCGCACUUUAUGCAGAGGGGCAUGCAAAUUCCAAACACGCAAGAGCACGGACUGAAAAAAUGCAAUUGCAGAGUCUAGAUCUGGUAUUGGACCGAAUCUGUGCCAUGGUAUGUUCUUGAGAUCAUUUAAAAAGGAUUUAAGAUUACAUUUUUUGAAAGACCUGGUGAUUAUAAUCUUGGGAGGGGAUAUGGUGGCCUUUAUUUUGCGUGUGCAGUACACUAGACAGUGGUCACUGAAACUGUUAGGGAGAACUCCCGCCUCCUGGAUUCUAUCAGGACAACUGGAGAGAAUUACCAGAUUUUACUAAUUUCAUGACGUAAAUUCAUGAUUUUAUAGAGGACACGGAGGCGAGUAUUAUGCUUAUUCUCUUUCUUUAUUCCUCAGCAGCAAAAGAAAGAGAUACUGUAUAUAUUCAACACAAUUUAAAUGUAAUUUACCCCAAAGGGUUAACCACAUAUAACACAUUAACCAAUGAGAGUGUCCCUAUCUUAAAAAUGUCGCAUGUGACCUUGAGCCACUCCUCUUUCUUUUGAUGUUGUCGACGAACACUUCCUCAAACAGAAAAACGAUGUAGUCAAUAAAGUGCAGAACGUGAUUUCCAUAAACUUAUAGCAACGGGCUCCGGAUGCAACAGGCAACCUUCUGCUUGAACUUGUAUGGGCAGGCAUGGACCAGGAUGACAACCCAAUUAGGAGGCUGGAAGACAAAGAAAUGAAAUGGUAAAAUACGUUCUUGGAUCUUAUUUCCAUAUUAUAUUACGAUCCUAUCUACCAAAACCCAAUUUGUCAUUUCAGUACUAGUCAUCAGGUGAAAGAACAAAAUCACAUUAUUACACAACUCGUGCCCCAUUACAUGACAGUAUAUUCACAGGAUAGGCGCAACUUGGAUUGGGUGGGAUAAUACUUGCCUCCGUGUCCUUUAUAAAAUCAUGACUUUACGUCAUGAAAUUAGUAAAAUCUGGUAAUUUUAUUAAAGGACAUGGAGGCUCUUAUUAUGCUAGUUCAAAGCUGGGGAAAAAUGAGAAAUUGGUCGGAAAUAAAAUUCUCGGAACGUAGAUUCUCUGGACCAAUCAGCUGCACGGAGGAGGUCUUCUAGCCUACAACCUAGAGAAAAGGCCUUUGAUGCCAUAGCACAUAGGUUGGAGGAAAGCAUCCGUCGCCAGAGCUCCGGCCUCCAGCUGAAAAGUUUUGGCAAAUGUGUGUUCAAGCGUGAUGCAAAGAGAUCGAUGUCCAGGGGGCCCCAAAGUGAUUGUAAUUGGCUGAAGAUGACAGGGUUCAUCCGCCGGUCGCUGGCAUCUCGUAUCUGUCUGGAAUUCCAAUCCGCCACUACGUUGGACAUCCCUGGAAUGUACUCUGCUUGUACCGAAAUGUUGCAGUCCAGACAGAAUUGCCAGAAAUCUUUUGCCAGUUCUGCUAGUAUUGUUGACCUUGUGCCCCCGAGGUGGUUGAUAUAUCAGACUUCUGAUAUAUUGUCCAUGCAUAAUAGAAUGGAUCAGUUGGUCACUAUACUUAAAAGACUCCGGCCGAGCAUACUUGAAUCGGAUUCCACUAUGAUGUCUGGGGUGGUUCCGAAGAUCGCUCGGCCAUUCCAUGCUUCCAUGUUUUGUAGCCACCACUUGCGUUCCUCUUUGGCGGUGCAGUCGAGAGGAACAGAGUCUGAAUAUGAGUGCCCUGAGCGAAGGCAUUUGUCUUUCAGUCGUUGGGGUGCCCUGUAGUGCAGAGGCCCAGGGAAUAUGGCUUGGAUUGAUGCUGAGAGGAGGCCGACAAUCCUGGCCAGUUGUCACAAGGUAAGAAUGAGACGUGCUAACUUCCGCCUGAUUUCCUUUUUGAUGGAUUUGACUUUGGCUGUUGGGAGUAGGAGUGCCCCAUUCACAGCAUCUAUAGUGAAUCCCAGGAAUUCUAUUGACUGAGAGGUUUUGGUGACCAUCUUCUCACAGUUGAUUAGAAACCCCAGGUUUUCUAGUAAAGUCCUCGUCCAGGAGAAAUGUUCGUGGAGCAGAUGAGGGUCUUGUGCCAUUAUGAGGAUAUAUAUAUAUAUAUUAUGAGUCGAACUCCUCUGCUGUGUAGGAGGGUGACCACUGGUUUCAUGGGCUUCGUGAAGCACCAUGGUGCCGAUGAUAGGCCGAACGGUAGGCAUUUGAAUCGCCAUAAGGUCUCUUUCCAUUGGAAUUGUAGGAAGUUUUGGCACUCUUCGGCCAUCGGAACCGUGAGGUACGCAUCCUUCAAGUCAAACUUUACCAUCCAGUCCGCUGUAAGCAGGAGAUCUCGUAGAUCUCCUCCAUCGUGAAGUGGUGGUAUGUGACAAACAUGUUUAGGGGUCGUAGGUUGAAGACUGGAAGGACACCACCGCCCCUUUUUGGGAACCAGGAAGAGGUUGCUUAAGAAACACGGUGUGAGAGGGUGAACUUCUGCAAUAGCGCCCUUGGAGGCUAAGGCUGGACUUCUUGAGAUAUUAGGUAUUGGUCGUGAGUGGGAAACACCAUGUGGUUGGGGGGGUUGUAUUUGAACAGGGUAGUGUACAAAAUCUAUAGAGUAUCCCUGAACAGCGUGAAGGAUCCAUGCAUCUGCAGUGAGCUUGCGCCAUGCAGUGACAAAAUGACACAGUCUGCCCCCCACCAUAGUUAGUGAAGCCAGAUGCCGAGGCAUAGAACUUACCAUAAGGUCGUCGGCCAUAGGAAGGACCUCGGGUCCCCGAGACUGCCAUGGUCUGCCCCGGACUGGGAAGAACGGUGUGGUAGUUCUGGGUUCAGGUGUUGUAAGCCUGGACUGUAUGGGGCCUCGGUACCCCCGGUAUGAACCCCGGAGUGCUCGGCCGGGCAGACGUCCCCGUUAUCUGACGGCCCUGCCAAAAACUCUCUGGUGGAACAUUUGUUUCAUGUUGGCCUGAGGUUUAUCAAGUGCUGUAAAGGUGCCUACAUAUGUGCCUAGCUCUUUAACAAAAUUAUCUCCAAAUAGGAGGGCUUUUGCCUGGGGUCCAGGCUCAGAAAUAGCUAGGUUCACUAGCUUAGGUUAUAUUUUUAUCAAGAUUGCCUAACGCCUUUCUGUGGCUACCGCCAUAUUGGCGUUUCCCAGCAGACAUACGGCUCGCUGGAUCCACCCCCUGAGUGUCUCUAAAUCCACCGGUGUACCACCUGUUAUUGCGCUUUCGAAAAUUUUUGCAACUGGCCUUAGGACAUCCAGGACCUUGUCCUGGCAAUUCCGCCAGACAAAAUCCAGGCCCUUCUUGGCUUUCCUGCCUGAUGUCCCCAAGAAUUGGGCAAUUUUUGGGUCUACGUCAGGGGUGGCGCAUGCCAUAUCAGGAAUAGUAGGGCAUGGGCAUUCCGCCCGGAGUUUUCUCCGUGCCUCCUUGUCAAGUGGUUUUUCUAAUACGAGCAGUGAUAUAUUUGCAACGUGCUCUAGGGGAUACCACUUUGUGGAUCUUGGGUGUUGUAAGGUGUCGGGGUCAAAAAGUGGCUCCCCUUGAGGAUCAACCAGGGCGGAGUCGUCUACUCCAUCUUUGGAGUAUGCUCCCGCUCCUGUCACGGAGCUGUGCUCAGGGAGAUAAAAGCUGGGAUCAUAAGAGUCCUCCUCGUAGGACUUGCUCUGUGCCUUCUCUUGCUCCAACUCAGAUUCAGAGGAUUCAAUGAGGGCUCUAGCCCUUUUCCAAUUCCUCACCGAUUUUGCCCUGGGGGGGGGCUCUUUGUUGUGGUUCAACCACAUGAUCUGUGACAGGACGUACCCUGUCAGUCUAUAAUGUUUUGGAGGCAUUUUCAUCCAGGUGGUGGGACUUUUUGACGGCUUUACACCCACUAGGGGUUACCGGAUUAUGUGGGGGGGGGCCCUCAUAGCAAUAAAUAUGGCCUGUGUCACAGACUUCGUCAUAGCCACGUCCAGGAGGGAAUGCAACUCUUCAGAGUCAAUUUGCUCCUGUGGCCCUUCAAUUGUUGUUGGAGUUUAGGAUUCCGGAAGAGGUUCAGGAGUUAUGGUGACGGUGGCAGAGCUAGAAAUAUCAGUCAUUUUAUUUGAUUGCAUGGCCAGGAGGAAAGGAUUAAAUGACCGACCGAUAAAUAUUUGUAUCCUUAACUGGGCACUACUAUCUGUGGAGUAGGAGUGUGACAGUUUAGCAGCUAGCCAAUUGAGCCAACAGCUGGAGAGGCACAAGCUAUUUAAGCAAUACAGCUUUAAGAGGCACAAGUUAAACACUACUCAAAGUUGAAUAACAAGGAAAAACUAGGCACAAUUAUAGCAGUAGAGCAGGCUCUCCGAGUGUUCCCUCAGUAACCUAGUAACACAGAUACGUUCCCGCCCGCAGCUGAGCGUAUUGGCCGCGUUAGGAAAAGCACGGCAAAACCGCCAAUCAAAAUAUGGCCGCCGUGAUGCGCACUCGCUAUGUGCACAUGCAUGAGCAGCACUUAGCCGCGGCUAACGCCAAGAACCGCCGGGUCCACGGGAAACGGUACCCGGUGCGAGGAGUGAGCCUCAGGCUGAGGUCCCUUCAAGGCAGGACUUUAAAAACCUGGUCGGAAGAUAAUUAAACCGACCAGGUGAGGGAGGGAAAGGAGAGGGGGGAAAAAACAGUAAUAGAACAGUAAUAAAAAAACAAUAAUGUACCACAAAAAAAAGGACAAAUAAGGCAUAGAUAAUGCAACAAGGUUAAAUUAAAGGCAAAUGUACCCAAACUAAACAGAGAUAAAUAGAGAAUUUUCCAAAUAUGUAGAGAGAUGUAAAACUGUACUUAGCUGAGGCGGCAGCAGCAAAAUAAAGAGGAGUGGCUCAAGGUCACAUGGGACAUUAUUAGGAUAGGGACACUCUCAUUGGUUAAUGUGUCAUAUGUGGUUAACCCUUUGGGGUAAAUGACGUUAUUAUUUAAAUUGUGUUGAAUAUUUACAGUAUCUCUUUCUUUUGCUGCUGAGGAAUAAAGAAAGAGAAUAAGCAUAAUACUCGCCUCCGUGUCCUUUAAUAAAACCCAAUCGAAAAAGUCUUAAACAGCGUGCAAGAACUAUUAUUUUUAGGGUUCAGCCAAUCAAUAUUCAAAUCUCCAAAGACCAACAGUUCACUUUUUGGGUUUUGAGCUAUGGUUUCACUAAGGAGAUGGGCUAUGUCAGAAAGGGAAUGCACAGGGGAGCUAGGUGGGCGGUAGAUUCCUGCAACAAUGAUUGAUUUACUGCACGGGAUCUCAAUUGUUCCAGAAAGGAAAUCAAAGGUGGCAGGAGGACUAAGGUUUUGUAAAGGGGUAAACUUUAUGGAAUUGUCAAAAUAAAUAACAAUGCCUCCUCCUCUCUUUGCUCUGUCAUUUCUAAAACAUGAAUAACCCCUGUAUUGCAAUGGCAGUGUCUGGUAUUUUAGUCGUUAACCAUGAUUCUGAGAGCACAAUGAUUUUUGGUUUGUAAUGGGAACACCAGGCUUACAGUGCAUCCAGUUUAGGGAGUACACUACGGAUGUUGCAGUGCACAAAAGAGAGGCAUUUUUAGUGGGGAGAUUAGGACUAGAAUUAGCUGGGGGACCAGGGUUAGACUCCACAUCAUUUGCAAGGGCAUAAGGAAUAGGGAUUUGGACAUCAUCUUUGUUUGGCCAUAUAGUGAAUGGGAUAUUUUAUAAUUUUAUGAGGUCGGGGUAGGAGGGAGGGAUAUAUAUAGUAUGGUUAUAUUUGGAUUCAUGUUAGUGGUAUCAUAUCUAUAAAUAUGGGAUUCUAUAUAGUCCCAACAGUGGGUUAUAAAGAGGGUAUUGCGAAGUCUUAAUAAAAAGAAAAAUUAAAAAGAAAACAGUGCUUUUAGUGAGCAUUGAGGUAGUCGAGGAAGGUGAGCGGACUCUUGCCCGGAUCUUACCCUAUUCUUGGCCGAGGCCCAAUGUUAGUGUAAGCAGGUCAUUAUGUAUACUACUACAUCCACCCCAUCAUAUACAUGUGCAGUGUAAUACCGAACUCAUCAUGGGUUCCCAUUUUAUCCAUUACCAUUGAUUUAUCUCCUGUGAACUUUCUUCUAUUGCUUUAUAUUAGACUUGUGCACAGCGAGAAAAGUUUGCUCUGCUGAAACCUUUUUGAGGAAAACAUAACAUUUUUCAGGCCACUUGAAUUUCUGCAAAUAUCUGUUCAGCUUGCAGAAUUUGUGUUCUGGAAAACCGGUUUGGGAACUGAACCAGAUGAUACACAAAAUAGGCUAUUCAAUGUACUCCAAAAUAUAUCCAUAAUAUAGUAAAUUCCACCAAUAGGCCAUCUCUUACCAGCAUUUGGUUCACAGAUCAAGUGAGGGAAAAAUAACAGGAGGAGAAUUAAAAACCUAUAUAUAAAAUUAUUUAUUAUAUUGUAAAAAGCAUUGUAAAUGCUUUCCUAUGAGACCGGCUGAAUGCGCGUGCAGCUCCUGCCGCGCGUGCGCAUUCAGCCGAAGAGAAGGAGGAGAGCUCCCCGCCCGGCGCUGGGAAAAAAGUUAAGUUUUAACCCUUUCCUCUCCCCAGAGCCAGGCGGGAGGGGGUCCCUGAGGGUGGGGGCACCCUCAGGGCACUAUAGUGCCAGGGAAAACGAGUAUGAUUGCUUCUAUGCCUGUCUAGUUAGAUUACCAGGGAGAGAGGCUUUUAAUUUACCUUGUCAGUGUUUUAGACACUGACUUUCUCACUAUAUACUGCAUUCUCUCCCUGUCAUAUAUUAUGGACAAUACUCUAUCUUUCUAGCUCUGUCUGCCAUUUAACUCUGUAGAUGCUGAUUUAUGACUGAGGGUCUGGGACUGUGCUUAGAUCAAUAUAGCACUUUUUUAUGCACAAGAUGUUUCUGAUUACUAACAAUAAAGAUAUUCUAAUUAAGCCUGUCGAUAAGGGGGAUAGCAUUGUAAUCUUGAAUUUCAACAGAUUAUUAAGAGCAGUGGUAGUCGAGCAUUUUCUUCCUACGCCCAUUAAUGCAUCUUUCUUGAUGGAAACAUUUCCUUACCGCCCACCAGUUUUCGUGCAAGUGUGGAAUAUUUUUUAGAAAGGAGGGUGUUUUAAAAAAAAUAAAUGUGCGUACAUUCAUCCUUUUAUUUCUACUUAAUGCAUGUUUUUAACUUUAUUGUAACGGCUACCCUGCUGUAGGGGGGUAUCUGCCGUUGGAGAUGUCCUUUUCUAGGCAAGCUGCUGUGAAGUAAUGGAGUUCUUAUUCCCAUCCACGAUAUCCAAGUGUAUAAUCCGGCAGUGCUGUAAAAUGAGGCAGAGUAACGGUACCAUAAAUCCCCUCCAAGAACGAGACGAGGCUACGUUUUGAAGGGUCAAGUAGAAUUGAUGUUUAUUGACAGGGGUCUCCUUUUAUGCAAUAGUGCCCUCUGUAAGGCUACACCCACAUAAUUAUCACAACAGCCAAUUAGAUACAUGGUUCAACCCCCACGUCUCCUCCCCUCAGAUAACAUAUAACAUAAUUAAAACAGACACAAUUUUAACUACAUUCUGGAUGUACCCCAAAAACAGGGGGUACACCUUUAAGUCCAGCACCGCUUAAUAGCUCUCACUCAGGGGAACAAUAUAUCCAAAUUUCAGCCCAUUCGGUUGAGGGGUUCGGGAGUUAUGGAUCUUUGAAGUUUUGACCGACCGCACAGGUUUUCUAGCCGAAAAGAGUUCCAUAAGUUUUGGCCUUGCGGUCGGUCUCCGUUCGUGCAUUAAAACCCCACGAACCCCUUGCCAUCCACAGUCAUCCUGGUGUUCGCUUGAAUCCCUAUGAAUGCUUAAACAAAACUACCGAACGGCCGGUCGUUCGGUAGUUCCAGCACGAACUUACGAGCUCCUGGAGGUCUCAAUGGUGUUCGCCUGUUUGCGUAUCCUUUUUUAGUUCCAUGCGUUCACAGGCAAACACCGCCGUUUGUGCGUAAGAUGGCCGUGAACACGUGUAAAGUCCCGAAAUGGCGGCCAUCUAACCUGAGCACAAAGGAAUUCGUAUGAACCAUGCGAACGGCUCCACAAUCACUGGGAGGUAAAAUAUCAAUUAACUGUUCCCCUGGGUGGUCUGAUGUUCGGUAUUUUUGGCUGUAUGUUACAGUAGGAAUAUUUACACGAAAACUAGCCAUUCGGUUUUUGUUUGACACAUCCAGCAGCGUUGUUAUUUAAGUCCAGGCAAAAGUAUAGGCACAAUCAUAGUUCUGUUACAUUUAUAAAGUUUAAUGAGAAAACAAUAAAGUAAAUUGAAAUUACCUUUACUAGUGAUUAAUGAGAUCCUUGAGGCUUAUGCUGCGAGACUAAAUAUUUGAUAUCUGGUUCGAUUUUCUUAAGGAACAAACGAAGGUCUCCUUUUUCGGUGAUAUUCAGACGAUUUCUCAUCUGUGCAUCAGCUCCCCUCCUCUCCCUCCACAAUUCCCCUCCCCACCUUCCCCCCCCCCUUUUCUAAUUUUUUUUUUUUAAACCUUUUUUAACCUUCCUUAUAGCAAUGUCCAGUAGGAAGGCUGAGCUAGGUAGCCCACUUACUAAUAUUAGCCAAGAACAAUUCUCUCCUUUUCCUUUUUCCUUUUUACAAGUAAGUUACUCCUUCUUUCUCCUAUUCUACAAAUACUCUGCUCCUUCUUUCUCCUAUUCUACAAAUACUCUGCUCCUUCUUUCUCCUAUUCUACAAGUACUCUGCUCACAGACAAACACAUAAACACACAUACACUUAAACACACGCACUCACAGAGAAACACAUACACUCACACUUACAGAAACACACACACACACAUACACACUCACAAAUACACUUACAGACACACAAAUUAUUAAUAUUAAAUGUCCACCCAGCCUCCCUAUCUGGAGAGCUAGUGUGGAUCUGUCCCUGGGGUCCACUUCGGCGGGUGGCAAAGUUCUAAUCCGAGGCGGCGAGGGAGCUCUAUGAGGGUAACAAGUGAGAUUGCAUCGGAUUGUGGAAGACCACUCAUAUCAUGCGCCCGACCGCCAUGUUGGUCAGGCCCCGCCCCCUAAUUAUUUUGUUUUUAAUUCUAAGUUUUACCUGAAAUGACAAGGCAUGGCUUUGGGGACCAGGUUCGCCCCCAGCUAUGCAAACUUGUUCAUGCUGGGUUGGAAAAGUGCAGCUAUUUAUAUCAACCCAGCAUGGGGGACGAACCUGGUCACAUACCAUAGGCAUAUAUAUUACUUAUUUUUUAUAUGGAACGGCUCUCAGAGCAACCUGGAGAUUUUUUUUGGAGGAUAUUAGACGUAAUGACUGGGUUAUCCAAUUAGUCAAUUUAGCACUUCCAGUAUUGGCUUGCUAGAUCUGGAGAUUUAUGUUGAUGAGGUUAUUUUAAAAACCUUUUUUUUUUUUCAAAAAGGUAGAUGCUAAUAGCUAUAUCCUUUUAUAACAGCGGACACAGUUCUGCUUGGUUAAAUAAUAUUCCAAAAGGGCAACUACAGAGAAUAAGAAGGAACUGUACAGAUAAAGAAAAAUCUGAGGAACAAAUGAAAAUAGUGAUAGAAAUAUCUUUGGAAUAUCUUUGGAAUUUUCCCACCCUGUGUAAAUGACACAGAGCACUCUGAUUGGCUUAAAUCCACCAAUCAGAGUGUUUUUAGCCUAAUUGCAGGGCGGGGCAAGGCUUUAUAAGCCUUCCCCAGCCCUGCGGAGCUCAGUCUGCGCGGAGCCCUCCAUGGGUGAAGAUGGAUUAUUUUUUCGCGCUCAGGUUUUUUCUUUUUCGUCAGGUUUAUUUUUUAUUUUUUAUUUUUUUUUUGCGCUCGGGUUUUUUAUUUUAAGUUCUACGGGUAUGAUGUUUUAUUUAUUUGCCCUUUUUUGGGGCUGAAAAAGGAAGAUUUUGGAAAAAAGAAGACGUUGAAUGGUAAGUUUAAUUUUACUUUACAGGUUAGUAAUUUUAUUCCCCCCUCACUAUUGUUUAGGGUGAGGGGGGGUAGGUAGGGGCCUUUUUAUUUGGGUGGGGGGGUGGGUGACUAGGGGCUUGGGGAUCCCUAGUCACCUUUGAUGGUGGGGGGGGGGAAUUUGACUUUGGGCACCCACCUGCCGCCCAGGGGUGGGGGCCGGGGGGAGGACAGUAGGCCCUCCCCCUCAUUAUCAUUAUGGCCCCCAUCCGCCGCCCAGGGGUGUGGACCUGGGGGGAGGACAGUAGGUCCCCCCCUCAUUGUAAUUUAUGGCCCCCAACCACCGCGCAGGGGUGGGGGCCGGGGGGACACAAUAGGUCUCCCCCCUUAUUUAACACCCAUCAUUUAGGGGUGGGGCAAAUAGGUUUUUAUUUAAUUUUUUUACAGGGAGCAGCCACAGACAUGCCCCUACUCGUGGUAUCUCCCUUAUGCUAUUAUGGGGGUCAUAUUGACCCCCAUAGAGUGAGGGGGGACCUGGGGGGGCUUAUGAAGUGGUGGGGAGCACUUCUCCCUGCCGCUUCUAUAGUUACAUAUUACAAGGAGGGAGCUGCGUGCCGGUAGCUCCCUCCUUGUACUAAACAGAACAAACAAACGUGCACUGAUACACAGUGUUAGUUUGUUCGUCUGAUUUUUCUAUUCAUUCAUUCGUCUAUCGAAUGAAUGAAGGAAUAGAUGAAAUUCCCGUUCUCAUGUCCAGGUGUUUCACUGGGCAUGUGCAGGAAUUUCACAGUCUAUCUAGUGUGGGCAGAUGACGUGUCCCACAGGGACUUCAUCUACCCACACAAAGAUGGUGGCGCCCUGAAUAAAGAUCGGGGCAGAAAAUAAAGAUUAAAAAAUAGGUAAUGUGGGGGCUUAGGGGGUCAAUUGGAUUUAGUGGAGGCGGGAGGAGGGUUAAAAAAAACCAAAAACCGGGAUUCGGCAUGACAGUGCCGCUUUAAGUGUUUUCCUGGAAGGCCGUUGUUCGGUUACCGACCACACGGCGGUCGGCCAUCUUGGAUCCUUUGAGAAUGUAAAAUAAAAUGUGUUUUGUGCGGCGUUAGGUUAUUUUAUGCUGGGAUCUGAGUGGUACUUUCACGAAGUGUGCGCUCAGACCCCAGCUAUCUACCGAAUGGUAAUUUAAGGGAAUCACACGAAUAAUAUUAAAGUUAUGGAUUUUUGUGUUAAAACACGGUUCUGCUGUACGGAGGGAUAAUCCACUUAACAGGAUAUUCUAGUGGGAGUAUCCCUCACGUACAGCAGUGCAAGGUGGGAGAAAUGCUCUGUAUAUUCAGUUCCCCAUGUAGUCCUCUACAGUAUAACCCCUGUAAAGUCAGUAAGGAAACCCCUUGCAUGGGGAAUCACAUAAAUACUGGAGCUUGUGAAUAAAGUAGCCAGUUGACUCCCAGAACUGUGGUUCGUCCAGUUACUGGGGGAUUUGGGAUAUUGCCUUCAUUUCCCGCACUUUAAUUUGGAUUACUUUCUGUACCAGCGGAGAUUUGGGGAUUUAAUAUUGCAGCUCUGCUGCAAUAUUAAUAAAAUAUUAAUAAAAUAAAAUAAAUGUACAGGGUGGUUAAGUUAAAAUUAAAUGAAGGUGUGCAGGAUAGAGUCUUAGUGUGGUCUUCCAGAAGGCUACCUUUGCAGACGAUCAGGCUUGCUCACUGAAGGAAUGGGCUUGCAAAGUUGGGGAAUCAGGCUUUGCAGACCAUCAGGCUUGCUCACUGAAGGAAUGGGCUUGCAAAGUUGGGAAAUCAGGCUGCUGAAUAAAGAGAUGUGAGGGUCAGAGGAGUUAGACGUCUUACAGGCUUAAUGGCUGUGAAAAGCCUGAUGGUGGUAUGUCUCUAUCCAUCUGUGUACAGGUAUGUACUGUCUUGGACCAGGUGAAGUGGCUGCUAACCUCCUUGAUAGGAGAGAGUUGGCACCCCUGGCUGCCCCUGUGCUUAGUAGCUGUAAUUAUGAUGGACUAAUCAGUGGCAUAAAUAGGGUGUACUGACAAGCCCUCGAGGUGAUAAGAGGAGUAUGUUGUCGUGCUUUCCCUGAUCUAUUGUUUUUUUGUUUGUUUUUUGGGGGGGAGGGAGGGAGAGUACUCUCUGCUGCGGGAAUGAGGAAUGGGAGUCUGUCAUGCAUAUAGGAUGAGAAGACUAGUGUGAGUGACGCUUAACCUUCACUCGAGUUGCGAGGGAAACAAGAAUAAGUGUCACAAAGCCUUUUUAGAGUCCUGGGACCCCAUAACUAGAUGACGUGAUCUUCCUGGGCUUCAGCCCGUGUCAGCCGCAGAGAGCGGCACAAAUGGGGCUAUGUUGGGGACGUCCCAGGAGCAGUUAGGAGUCGGGUUGGUGGAGUCUGGGGUCUUAAUUCCCAGUUUACCGAGAAAAUGUCCUGCGUCUUCUGUCAACGUCAGUCGAAAUGUUGUAGCUCCCUUUGCAACUAUCAACAUGGAUGGGCCCCAUCAGUACCUUAUUCCAGCCACUCUAAAGGCUGUGGUGACUCGUUGUAUGGACCGUCUCCAGGUCAGGGUAGCUCUGCAAAGGUCCUGCAGGAAAGUGAGCUGCAUGCCCUUGAAUUGGUAAGGGCUCUGGUUGCCGAGCGCUGCCAUCAUCGCCGUUUUGUCCCGAGUAGAUUGAAAGCGGAGUAGAAUAUCGCGGGAGGCCUACGCCGGGGCCCUUGGUGAUUUGGAGAGUCUGUGAACACCCUCCACAUGUACAGCCUUCGCCUGCUUGGGGUUGAGCAGUGCCGCUAAGAGGCGUCGAGUUGUGGCAAUUCAUUGUCAUCAAUGGAUUCUGCUAUGCCCCUGAUUUUUAUGUUGGAGCAGCGUCUUGCAUUCUCUAGGCCAUCCAGCCGGGCCUGUAGUGCAUGGUGUGAGGAUUGGAGGCUUAUUAGUUUCUCCUCUGUUGUUUGAUGGCGUUGUGCAAAAGCGGCGAUGUCUUUUUCAGCAACCCUCACCCUGCCCGUGACGGCGGUCACUUCUCCCUGUACAAUUGCCAUGUCUGAGCGGAACAGGGUGUGCAGGUUCUGCAGUAUGUUCAGGAUGUCUCCCUUGGUAGCCGGGGCUCUCAGGUCGCCGAAUGAUAGGCUUGAAAUGGGGUCUGCGGCCUCUGGUAUGGGAUCUGGAGCUUCCAGUGCCGCCUCCUCUGAGGAUGAGCUUAAGGGGUCCGGGGUCGCCGUCAUUUUAGGCUUAGGCCUUGACAGGAAAAGAUCGCCGAUUUUCCGGGAUCCGUCCUCAGGGUGAGUUUUUAACUUCUUAUUUCUUUUUCCCACGUUGUCACUGAUUGUAGGGGCUGAAAAGUAGUCAGAUUGUCGUUGUGUGGAUCGAUUUAAUCUGCAUUUAUCUCCUGCAGGCAUGUGACUGCUCUCGGUAAGAUCCAAGCCAUGCCCCCGAUAUUCCUAAUACUUUUUAAGUACAAAUAAGAGCGUUUUUUUAUUCAUGUGGGAAGUGUGCAGGUUGCAAAUGCAGUAAAAGUAGGACCUUAAAAGGUAUUAAUAAAUGUAAAACAAAGUAUAAAGAAGAAUAAUUUGUUAUUAAUGAUUUUAUUACAUGUUUUAGUAAGAAUAUAAUUUUAUCUUUUAAUUUGUCCAUGUGGGAAGAACUAUUCUCCCUUUGCAUAAAAGAAUUUAUGAAUACACAAAUAAUAUUCGAAAGGGCUUUGAUUAGCAUAGCAUCUCUGCACAUUUUAAAAAAUACCACAACAAAGAUCCCAGUGGAUUAACCAUUUUAGGGACACAUGUGGUGAAAAGAUCUUGAUGUGGAGGAAAUUCUAUUCAGAAUACAGUGGGACCUGGGUUUACAAACGCCUCGGUUAACAUAAUUUUCGGUUUACAAAUAAAAAGCCAUUGAAAAUAAUGCCUCGGUUUACAAAUUUGUUUUGCAAUACAAAGCAAGUUUCCCAAGGAUGCAUUGCACCUGGGAGGGUUAUAGCACCGCCCCCUACAUGCUGGAGCCUGUGGGUAGCACGUGGCGUAGAGUGUGGAGGUGUUGGAGCGGCUUUUGCAUCGAGUUCUGGAGCCAUUCUGGAAAUUGUUUGCAGCGGUUUUGGGACUUUAUGGUGCAUUUCUCAAGCGGUGGAAAGGUAGGGAGCUGAGCUUUGUCAUUUGCAUGCCUUUUAUUGUGUGUUCUGCAUUGUGGAUCGGCCACUUCUCUGUGUCCCUGCCACCAGGGGCUCAGAAGUCUAUUAGCUCGCUUAGAUUCAAAGUUCCUCAAGGAACUCAAGCUUAGUGUGACCGUUCAGCAUGGCGGUCAUGCACCGUCCCCAGCUUCCCUUUUUAAAUACUUAAAAUAUUACCACGUCAUUGAAAUGAUCAGCGCUUUUUUUGCUUGUAUUUUCUUGUAAAUUUACCGUUUUGACCAAUACUAAUCUCCAAGUUUAUUUUAUAUUUCACAGCUUUCUCUCCAGACAAAUCCCAUCUCUCUGAGUCUUUUCUCAUGUCCUCUCUUGUGGCACCUGCCUUUCUCCAGUCACACACUGUGUUGAUGUACAUCAUUGGUCAUUUCAAGGACCCUUACGGUUUCUAUCUUAAUACUACAUCCUGACGUGUCAAUCUGUAUUCUAAGGAUUUGUCUGUCAGAGAUCUUUUGUUGCAGGACAUCCAGUUCCCUAAAGAAGACACAAACAUAUUUCUAAUUGUAAUGUUCUGCCUUCUAUUCUCUCUUCAGUGAGACCAGGUCGCUGUCCUCCUAUCAAAGCUAAGUGUUUGAUGCCACUGCCGGAGCCCAAAUGCCAGACGGACAGUGACUGUCUCGGCAAAAAGAAAUGCUGUAAUAUUUGUGGGAAUAGCUGCUGGGAUCCUGCGGAAGGUAAUGUGAUAAUGAAAUCCGUCUGAUAUAAGUGUAUAGCAGAGUCACCGAGCUCCCCAUGUUAUUUUCUGUUACAUAGAUAAUUAGUUAUAUGAAAACAAAGUCCAUUGAGUUGCACCUUCACAGGAGUCAGUGUUCCUCACCCAAAGGACAGCAAAAACACCCAUAAAAUGUUAUAUUUUUUAUGAUUUGUUUGAGCGGUGGAAGAAAUAUUCCAGCAUUGCUUUAGGAGUCACCGAGAUUUUCACUGGAUCAGCAAAACGUACAUUGAAUUUAAUAAAUAAUGUUCUGCGUUAUAUCUGCUAGAAUGGGGUUCUACCUUCCUUAUUAUGGUAACAAUUAAUCAUGAGGGGAAAUGUCCUUCCGUGAAUGGAGAACGUGCCUGAAUCUGCCUCAAAGAAGCAUAUUUCACUUGCUGUGAGAAUUCCUAAAGAGACCUUUUUAAUGUUAAUUUUUAUGAUGUUUACAAUUUUGAUAACUUUCCAUAUAUUUGUUACUGGCCACGUUGUUUUGUUCUCUUGCUAUUGAUGUCUCUAAUGGCUGGAUUAAUUCUCGGUGUAUAUUUCUUUGUUAUAUUAGAGCCACAUGGCGUUUGUCCUGUGAGUGAGAUAGAGAAGGGGAAAAGUCUGGUUUGUCCAUCGGUCCUGUGUAGUCAGGAUUCGGACUGUGCCGCGGAUGAGAAGUGCUGUGUCUCUGGGGACGGACAGAAAUGUGUGAAGCCUUCUUCAGGUACAGAGACCCCAUUAUUUAUAUUGAAUGCAGUGUGUGGGUGUCAGCCAUUACUGUUAGCAUUUACUGUGCAAUCAAUAAAUUAUUAAACAAACACAUGGUAAUAUGUGAACUGUAAUAAUCUCACUUAAUUCCAAUGGGUAGCAGAUUAGUCUGUGAUAACUUUGUUUCCUAGUUUUCAAUCAUAAGUCCAUUAUUACGUGUGGAUUGACCCAAUAUGUUUCUGGCAACCAUACAGCCUCUUUUUACACUUUGCUCAUCAACGUUAAUAUAUUUUACUGACUUUGUUUUCUCCAUUCUUCAGAUUUAGAUUUACUCAAUGUGUGCCCUCCGUUUGAUCCCUCCAUCUGUCCACUGGCCAAACCAGGGCCUGAUGACUGUAAAUUCGACAGUCCGUGUCCAAGUGGCAAAAAAUGCUGUUGCUCCAACUGUGGCUGGAAAUGUGUCCCCCCCGUGCAAGGUUAGCGAGAAUAUUCCUUACUGGUUCAUCUGCACCAACAUAAACUUAUUGCAUAUAGUAUAUUGAGCACAUAAUGGCUUCUCAUUUUCUCAAUUCUCUUUGGUUUUAUCUCCUUCAAACACUUAACUUCCUAGUAUUUGCAUAUCCUGACGUCAACCAUUAGGGCAGUCAAGAUCCAAAAAUACGACAAAUUUCAUCUUCACAAUGUAUAUCAUGGACAAUUGUUUUGGCCUUCUAUAAGUGUCAUCAGCAAGGUGUAGCUGAUACCCAUCUAGGCACGGGGGUCCACUUCUGAAUUACCCAUUUAAAUUGGGGAAAAAGCUCAGAGAAACUCAAUAGGUGUCAGAAUAGUUGCCCACCUAAGGGCAAGUUAUUUUGUCUGUUCUCAGUAUUGUUUUGCAACCUGUUUUAGUUUGUUUGCUAUCCUUAAUGUAAAAGCAUAAUCCAGAUGUGGACCCCAUGCUCACUAGAGGAGUAUCCGCUACACCUGACUAUAAGGCCUAACAAGACUGAAAUGAUCAUCUGGGGUUGCUGUAUCUUUCGUACAGAGGGCAUUUUGAAUCUGAACCCUCUGUUGGGAUCAGCCUGAUGUGCAAAUAGCUUAGGUUCUCUCUGUAAUGGCAUAACGUGAGCUAAAAGCAGCUUGCCAGCGGAGCGGGGUCCCGGCGAAGAGUAAGCUGUUUGAGUUGUUACACAAAAUGGAGAAAUAAAGUAAACAGAGUGCAGGUCAGGAGUCCGGAUACAAGUCAAGGGCUCAUGAGCUGCACCACUGUAACCACCUAAUAGGGAGCUCUAAUGAGGGGGUAACCCUCCAAAAUAUGUAGGUAAUAGGAGUAGGUGAUGUGUAGAGUCCCACAAGGGGACACCAACAUCAGGAGAGCUCCACUGUAUAAGAAAUGAGGAAGGGAGGCCCUACCUUUAAUCAAUCUAAGGAUAAAAAGGGAUAUGCAAACAAAAAGUAUAACUUGAAAAAAAGGGAGAUCUACUAAAUGGUGUCUGGAGUACUAGCUAGCAUCUAAGUUCCAGUUUCCCUAGUGUUCGACUGACAGGAAGGUAGUGUAAACGAGGUUAGGGAGAGAGAAGAGGCACAGGGUCCCCAGAGAACAAGGGACCGGGUAAUCCGAUCUAAACGCAGAUUAAAAGCCUCUCACAAAAAAUAAAUAAAUAAAUCUCUCAAUUCACCCUAAAAGAUACCUCGACACCGUGGUCUAACCACUAGUGUCUACCUGAAGCAACUCUCCCUACUAAAGUUAUAAAUAAAUAAAUCAACACCUAAAAAUCAAUAACCAUAGUGGUAACAAAAAUAAAAAGUGCUACCAAGUGCAGAGAUUAAAGAAAAAGAAAACGCUGGAAGCGCGUUUCGGCGUGUUCAAAACGCUGUCGUCAGGAGCCUGUGAACAUGAGCAGCUUGUUUUUCCAUUUAAAUACCUAUUAAUGAUGAAAACAUGGCCAUCAGCUGUUCAAUGUGGGAGUUCCUGAGGGGCGGAGUAUCUAAACUCUAUUCUGCAGCCUGCCAGGGGUGUGUCAUGUCGUCACAUAUUCUACAUAUCAAAAACAUAGUGAAGACACACCCUGCCAAUGACAUAGCUUAGCUGGUAAAAUCCCUGACUGCAAUGGCUGCUAAAAAAAAAAGGCAAGGUUGCAGGUUCAAAUCCCGGCAAGGCCAACCCAACACCCCAUCCGUCCAAGAUCGGCAAAACAAGCUCUAUCAAUGGGGCAACAUUAACAUAUAACUGGUCAGCUCUGAGAGCUGUGUCCCACUAAGAGAAAGGUGCCACAUAAAUAUAUGUUAUUAUUAUUCUUUUAACUCCUUAACGACGAGUGAAUUGCUGUAUUAGAAUUGCUUUAUUAGAGGCAGACCGGGAGCACCCGAUAGGGCUGCCCAGCACAUGUGCUCGCUCUGACAGCAUGUCGGAGCGAGCACAUGUGCUUAGUAUACUUACCUUCCGCCUCCCUGCACUUCCUGGUUCUGUGUGAAAUGCAGGGAAACGGAUCAGUGAUGAUCCUGCCCCCUGUUAAAAAAAAUAAAUAAAAUUAAUUUAUAAUCCCACCCCGUUUUACCCAUUUUAAUAAAAAAUUAACACAUUCCCUGCCAAUUGAUCACUGACUACAGUCAUCAAUUGGGAGGGAUUACAUUUUACUACGAUCUGAUUUUUUUUUUUUUUUUUUUAACUCCCUGAGGGUUAAUUCUUUAUUUCUUUUUUUAACCCACAAGGGUUAAAUUUAUUUUAUUAAUUAAUUUAAGUAUUUUAAAAUUAUAAAUUUAGCUAGGUGGGGUGGGUGAAAGUUAGUGGGGAAUUGGGGGAUUUGGUGUUAGGCUAACUAGGGGUUAACAUUAAAAAAAAUUUUAAAAUAAGCUUUAAAAAGUUAAAAAUUAAGUUUAAAAAAGUUUUAAUAAUGUUUAAGUAAGAAAUAAAAAAACACCCCCCUUUAGCCAGUCCAAAUAAGAACCCCUUCCCUGCCAGUCGAUCACUGCCUACAGUGAUCAAAAUACAGAUCACAGUAUUAUACUGUGAUCUAAUUUUAUUUAACCCCUGACAAUUAACUUUUAUUUAUUUUUUAACCCUCAGGGGUUCAAUUUAUUUAUUUAACUGAUUUAAAUAUUUUAUAAUUAUUAUAUUUUGCUAGCUGGGGUGGGUGGGAGUUAUGGGAAAAUGGGGAAUUUACUGUUAGUGCUGCUUACUGCUAGUUAGGGGUUAAUGGUAAAAAAAAAAGCUUAGAAAAAUGUUAAAUCUGUAAAAAAAAAGGUUUCAAGAAAGUUUAGUAAAGUUUAAAAAAAUUUAAUAAGAAAAACAAAAGUUUAAAAACUAGUUUUAAAAAGUGAAAAAAGUUUAAAAAAGUAAAAAAAUACAUUUAAAAACGCUCAUUAUCACUACAACUGGAACAAACUAGAGAAAAAAUGAUGCCACGCCAAGGUUCAAAAUAUGCCUUUUGAAUUACCCCAGGGUGUAUUCUUUAAUACAUAGUAUGUGUUUGUGGGGAAGUUUCAAUAACCAACCGUCUAAACUACUCCAAAUUGGAACAUGGACACAGCGUAAAACUUCAAAGUUAGAAAAAAACUGAAUGGCUGCGUCUCAAAUGCGCCCCUUCAACAUCCACAUAUACCUGGCAAAGGUACAUACGGGGGUAUUGCUGUACUCAGACCACAUAGCUGAGCAACAUAUGAAGUAUUAUACAGUCGUAGCACACAUACAGUUUGCAAAAUAUACUGUGCAAACUCACUUUGUGUGUCAAAAAGGCAGAAAAAAACGCUUAUUACCACUACACUUGGUACAAGCUAGCGGAAAAAUUAUCCCACGCUAAGGUUCAAAAUAUGCCUUUUGAAAUACCCUGGGAUGUCUUCUUUCAGAAAUUGUAUAGCUUUAUGUGGUAUUUGGGUUAUAUAGCCUAGUAAAAUAUUCUAAAAUGGGACAUGGGCACAGCGUAAAAAUUUUAAGUUUGAAAAAAACUGGAAUGGCUGUGUCCCAAAUGUGCCCCUCCGAUGUCCACAUAUACCUGGCAAAGGUACAUACGGGGGUAUUGCUGUACUCAGACCACAUAGCUGAGCCCCAACACGCCAUGGCAAACUUACCAAGCAGCACUCCUCAAAAUGGCCUCCGCACGCAAGCCAUGUGCGCGACCUGCCAGCAUAAUGGAGCCGUGACCAUCCAGCGCCACCCAACCUACUCCAGGGCCGUUCCGGCUGACUACAUAGAGAUCAGCUGUGGUGACUACGAAGAGAGCGGGAACAAAGCGGGGAAGCAAGUAACCACUACCACCUGCACAAAACAGCCCAUGAAGAGGGAGGCAGUCAGACCCAGAUGCCGCAGCUGAGCUACACGACCUGCACUCAGCCUCCUUCACCGGAUCACCACUUGUCCGGUCCAAGAGGAACAGACCGCAAAGUACAACCUACCAUCCUCACGGACUGGGCCUAGACAAGAUUUUCAGCAGUAUCUCUUAAAUGAACACUCUCACUCUUAUACCUGCUUUAUGUGGCAUAUCCAUGAGUAUCACGCUAGGCCCCGGACAUACAACCCUCCCUCUGUAAAUUGGCUAACCCCUGUGGUAUGCUAGGCUGCAGAUGGGUCAAAAUUACACACAAGCUGAGGGUAAACUAAGCAUUAAUAAAUAAGCCUGCUGACUUGGCAUUAUGGCAUUUUGAAUGUAUGUAUGUAUAUAUAUAUAUAUAUAUAUAUAUAUAUAUAUAUAUAUAUAUAUAUAUAUAUAUAUAUAGUGAGAUCCGUGUCCCAAAAGCGUAGUAUGGACCUGUAUUAAACGUGAGAAACUAACCUAACUCAAGCUCUGACCAAACAUGAAUAUAGUAUCAGUGUAUUUGUACAGCUGAAACUACAAUGCUACAACUGCUUAUACUCUUAGACCAUAAUUUUAAUUCAAUGCGGUAUUCGUAUGCUUAAAUCUGUUUAAAAAACAAAAUUGUGCAUGUUCAUCUUGUGCCCCGCUUGUCUCGCAUGGGAACAGCUAGAGGACUGCCUUUGGGGUACCUCUCGCCUGUUUGUGUUAUAUCUAUGCACUACAAAAAUAAAUAAAUAAAUAGAGUUACAAACGUCAUGAACUCAUCAGAAGAUCCCAGCCAAAUAACAAAGACAUCAUCGAUGUAUCUUUUCCAAAAAUAAAUUUUAUCACGAUAGAUCGAUAAAGUCUGGUCCGUUUCAAUGUGUGUCUCCCAGUUGCCCAAGUAUGCAUAGGAGGGUGCGCAUGAAGUCCCCAUGGCAUUACCCCUAACUUGUUGGUAUACUUUACCAUUAAAUAAAAAGACAUUCUUGGUUAAGAUAAAUUUAAGGAUAUCAGAAAUAAAGUCUAUGUAUGCUGGUGGGGCAUUAAGUGUUUUCUGAAGAGUGGUUCUAACGCUUUUAAUCCCCAAUUUAUGGGGGACGGAGCUAUAUAAUGCCUCUACGUCCAGGCUACAUAAGAUGGCUUCUUCUGGUACCCUUAGGUUCUUUAACCAGUGUAACAUUUGUUUUGUAUCUCUGAUGUAUGAUGGUAAAUUGCUUGCAUUCUGGGUUAGAUUAUCCCUUCCUGAUACAAUAGGCCUGCCAGGUGGAUUCGUCAAGGACUUAUGCACCUUAGGCAGUUGUUUGAGUUGUUAUCCGUUCUCCGUAUUCUCUUGCUCACUGGUUUCGUUUAAAAAUAAAACUAGAAAGAAAAUGGGUGCUUGAAUGAGCAGUGAGGUCGUUGAGGAAGGUAAGAGGUCUCUGCCCUGGACUUUUUAUUUUUGGUCUGAGUCAAGGUUUUCCAGGAACAAAGACACAAGGUCUUCCUAUUGUCUACUGCUACUACAUCCACACCAACAUGCAUGUGUGCAGUGUAAUACAGAACACAUCACAAGUUUCCAUUUUCUCCAUUACUGUUUGGUUUUAUCUCCUACAAACUUUUUCCUCCAUUGGUUUAUAGCUCACAGUUCACUCUCAGAGCCUCUUUUUGUGUCUACUCCUGUGGCACCUGCAUUUUUUCCGGUCACCCAGCCUGUUGAAGUACAUCAUGGACCCCUUCUUUCUCUAUCUGAAUACAAAAUUCAGAAGUGACAACCUGUCUUAUAAAUUACCAGAGCAUUUGUCUGCUGGAGAUCUUUUCCAGCAUGACACCCAGUUCUUUUACUUAUGAAAUCAAACUGUUUUUCCUGUAGAACAUCUGUUGGAUCUGUUGGUUCUCUAAACAAGACACUGACUUAUUUAAAAUUAACAGUUUUGUAAUGUUCUGCCUUCUAUUCUCUCUGCAGUGAGACCAGGGCGCUGUCCUCCUAUCAAAGCUAAGUGUUUGAUGCCACUGCCGGAGCCCAAAUGCCAGACGGACAGUGACUGUCCCGGCAAACAGAAAUGCUGUAAUAUUUGUGGGAAUAGCUGCUGGGAUCCUGCGGAAGGUAAUGUGAUAAUGAAGUCUGUCUGAUAUAAGUGUAAAGCAGAGUCACAGAGCUCCCCAUGUUACAGUUUCUGUUACAUAGAUAAUUAGUUAUAUGAAAACAAAGUCCAUUGAGUUGCACCUUCACAGGAGUCAGUGUUCCUCACCCAAAAAAUAGUGAUAAAAAUAUUACAUUAUAUUUUUAUGAUUUGUUUGAGAGGUAGAAGGAAUAUUCCAGCAUUACUUUAGGAGUCCCUGAGAUUUUCACUGGAUCAGCAAAACAUACAUUGAAUUUAAUAUGUUCUGCGUUGUAUCUACUAGAAUGGUGUUCUACCUUCCUUUGUAUGGUAACCAUUAAUGAUGGAGGGGAAAUGUCCUUCCGUCAAAGGAGAACGUGUCUGAAUCUGCCUCAAAGAAGCAUAUUUCACUUGUUGUGAGAAUUCCUAAAGAGACCUUUUUUUUUAAUGUUCAUUUUUAUGAUGUUUACAUUUUUGACAACUUUCCAUAUAUUUGUUACUGGCCACGUGGUUUUAUUCUCUUGCUAUUGAUGUCUCUAAUGGCUGGAUUAAUUCUCGGUGUAUAUUUCUUUGUUAUAUUAGAGCCACAUGGCGUUUGUCCUGUGAGUGAGAUAAAAAAGGGAAAAAGUCUGGUUUGUCCAUCGGUCCUGUGUAGUCGUGAUUCGGACUGUGCCGCGGAUGAGAAGUGCUGUGUCUCUGGGGACGGACAGAAAUGUGUGAAGCCUUCUUCAGGUACAGAGACCCCAUUAUUUAUAUUGAAUGCAGUGUGUGGGUGUCAGCCAUUACUGUUAGCAUUUACUGAGGAAUCAAUAAAUUAUUAAACAAACACAUGGUGAUAUGUGAACUGUAAUAAUCUCCCUUAAUUCCAAUGGGUAGCAGAUUAGUCUGUGAUAAUUUUGUUUCCUAGUUUUCAAUCAUAAGUCCAUUAUUACGUGUGGAUUGACCCAAUAUGUUUCUGGCAACCAUACAGCCUCUUUUUACACUUUGCUCAUCAACGUUAAUAUAUUUUACUGACUUUGUUUUCUCCAUUCUUCAGAUUUAGAUUUACUCAAUGUGUGCCCUCCGUUUGAUCCCUCUAUCUGUCCACUGGCCAAACCGGGGCCUGAUGACUGUAAAUUCGACAGUCCGUGUCCAAGUGGCAAAAAAUGCUGUUGCUCCAACUGUGGCUGGAAAUGUGUCCCCCCCGUGCAAGGUUAGCGAGAAUAUUCCUUACUGAUUCAUCUGCACCAACAUAAACUCAUUGCAUAUAGUAUAUUGAGCACAUCAUGGCUUCCCAUUUUCUCCAUUCUCUUUGGUUUUAUCUCCUCCAAACACUUUACCUCCUUGUAUUCUGCUCCACAGAUCUCUCUCUGGACAAAUAUCAUCUCCCUGAUCCUUGUUUUAUAGUCUCCUUCCACACCUGCUCUGCCCAGUCACACAUCCAGUCCAGGCAUCUCGUUGGCCAGUUCUGGGAUCCUUGGAUUUCUCUAUACAUUAUCUACAACUUUCAUUCUAUCUUUGGACUUUUCAUAUCUUUUUCUGAGUGUCUACAAUUUUUAACUCCUUAUAUGUGGCGGCAUUCGCCUACGGAACGUCUCUGGAAUCCAUCCAUUCUGCUCAAUGUGACUGUAUUUCUAAUUCACUGACUUGUAACAUAUUACCUGCAAUUCAUUGUGUCCUUUUUGCAGUAAAACCUGGGCGCUGUCCCCCUAUUGUAGUCAGAUGUAAGUUCCCACCACCGGAGCCCACAUGCCAAGCUGAUCGUGACUGUCCCGGCAAACAGAAAUGCUGUAAUAUUUGUGGGAAUAGCUGCUGGAAUCCAGCAGAAGGUAAUUCUGCAUGAUAACUGUGCGUAAUUCAAUAAGGUUUCAUGGCUCACAUUUCCCCAGAGCACCAUAACCAUGAUUAUUAGAAAAUGUCUAACUAGUUUCACUUUUCCUAAAGUCCAUAUUUAUCCACUGAAUCUGUGAAGAUGUUCUGUAUAUUGGUAGGCAUCCUUUUGCACUCCAGGUGUUGUGGGCAACAUCUCCCAUGACGCUCCUACAGUCAAACUACAAGAAGAUGUAGCCCACAACAUCUAGAGUGCCGAAGGUUACCUACCCCUGUAAAAAUCUAUAAAUCGUUAAUGGUGAGCUCAAUGUGAGUGCACCGGCAAAAUGGUGCAAAAAAGAUUUUCAACACAAUGAAAGGCGAUAUUACAGAUUGGGAGACUGAAUGUAAAGGGAUAUUACAGAUUGGGAGACUGAAUGUAAAGGGGAUAUUACAGAUUGGGAGACAGAAUGUAAAGGCGAUAUUACAGAUUGGGAGAGUGAAUGUAAAGGCGAUAUUACAGAUUGGGGGACUGAAUGUAAAGGGAUAUUACAGAUUGGGAGACUGAAUGUAAAGGGGAUAUUACAGAUUGGGAGACUGAAUGUAAAGGUGAUAUUACAGAUUGGGGGACUGAAUGUAAAGGGAUAUUACAGAUUGGGAGACUGAAUGGAAAGGGGAUAUUACAGAUUGGGAGUCUGAAUGUAAAGGGGAUAUUACAGAUUGGGAGACUGAAUGUAAAGGCGAUAUUACAGAUUGGGGGACUGAAUGUAAAGGCGAUAUUACAGAUUGGGGGACUGAAUAUAAAGGGAAUAUUACAGAUUGGGAGACUGAAUGUAAAGGGGAUAUUACAGAUUGGGAGACUGAAUGUAGAGGGGAUAUUACAGAUUGGGAGAGUGAAUGUAAAGGGAUAUUACAGAUUGGGAGACUGAAUGUAAAGGGGAUAUUACAGAUUGGGAGACUGAAUGUAGAGGGGAUAUUACAGAUUGGGAGAGUGAAUGUAAAGGGAUAUUACAGAUUGGGAGACUGAAUGUAAAGGCGAUAUUACAGAUUGGGGGACUGAAUGUAAAGGCGAUAUUACAGAUUGGGGGACUGAAUAUAAAGGGAAUAUUACAGAUUGGGAGACUGAAUGUAAAGGGGAUAUUACAGAUUGGGAGACUGAAUGUAGAGGGGAUAUUACAGAUUGGGAGAGUGAAUGUAAAGGGAUAUUACAGAUUGGGAGACUGAAUGUAAAGGGGAUAUUACAGAUUGGGAGACUGAAUGUAGAGGGGAUAUUACAGAUUGGGAGAGUGAAUGUAAAGGGAUAUUACAGAUUGGGAGACUGAAUGUAAAGGGGAUAUUACAGAUUGGGAGACUGAAUGUAAAGGGAUAUUACAGAUUGGGAGACUGAAUGUAAGGGGAUAUUACAGAUUGGGAGACUGAAUGUAAAGGGGAUAUUACAGAUUGGGAGAGUGAAUGUAAAGGGAUAUUACAGAUUGGGAGACUGAAUGUAAGGGGAUAUUACAGAUUGGGAGACUGAAUGUAAAGGGGAUAUUACAGAUUUGGAGAUUGAAUGUAAAGGCGAUAUUACAGAUUGGGGGACUGAAUGUAAAGGCGAUAUUACAGAUUGGGAGACUGAAUGUAAAGGCGAUAUUACAGAUUGGGGGACUGAAUGUAAAGGGAUAUUACAGAUUGGGAGACUGAAUGUAAAGGGAUAUUACAGAUUGGGAGACUGAAUGUAAAGGGAUAUUACAGAUUGGGAGACUGAAUGUAAGGGGAUAUUACAGAUUGGGAGACUGAAUGUAAAGGGGAUAUUACAGAUUGGGAGACUGAAUGUAGAGGGGAUAUUACAGAUUGGGAGACUGAAUGCAAAGGAUACACAGAUUGGGAGACUGAAUGUAGAGGGGAUAAUGUACAGGAUUGGGAGACUGAAUGUAGAGGGGAUAUUACAGUAUCAGUGGCACCAAGGAUAUUACAGAUUGGGAGAGUGAAUGUAAAGGGAUAUUACAGAUUGGGAGAGUGAAUGUAAAGGGAUAUUACAGAUUGGGAGACUGAAUGUAAGGGGAUAUUACAGAUUGGGAGACUGAAUGUAAAGGGGAUAUUACAGAUUGGGAGACUGAAUGUAGAGGGGAUAUUACAGAUUGGGAGACUGAAUGUAGAGGGGAUAUUACAGAUUGGGAGACUGAAUGUAAAGGGAUAUUACAGAUUGGGAGACUGAAUGUAGAGGGGAUAUUACAGAUUGGGAGACUGAAUGUAGAGGGGAUAUUACAGAUUGGGAGACUGAAUGUAAAGGGAUAUUACAGAUUGGGAGAGUGAAUGUAAAGGGAUAUUACAGAUUGGGAGACUGAAUGUAAGGGGAUAUUACAGAUUGGGAGACUGAAUGUAAAGGGGAUAUUACAGAUUGGGAGAUUGAAUGUAAAGGCGAUAUUACAGAUUGGGAGACUGAAUGUAAAGGGAUAUUACAGAUUGGGAGACUGAAUGUUAGGGGAUAUUACAGAUUGGGAGACUGAAUGUAAAGGGGAUAUUACAGAUUGGGAGACUGAAUGUAGAGGGGAUAUUACAGAUUGGGAGACUGAAUGUAAAGGGGAUAUUACAGAUUGGGAGACUGAAUGUAGAGGGGAUAUUACAGAUUGGGAGACUGAAUGUAAAGGGAUAUUACAGAUUGGGAGACUGAAUGCAAGGAUAUUACAGAUUGGGAGACUGAAUGUAAAGGGAUACAGAUUGGGAGACUGAAUGUAAAGGAUAUUACAGAUUGGAGACUGAAUGUAGAGGGAUAUUACAGGAUUGGGAGACUGAAUGUAAAGGAUAUUACGAUUGGGAGACUGAAUGCGGGAUAUUACAGAUUGGGAGACUGAAUGUAAAAGUGGAUAUUACAGAUUGGGAGAGGAAGGAUAUUACUACAGAUUGGGAGACUGAAUGUAAAGGGAUAUUACAGAUUGGGGAAAGACCGAAUGUAAAGGGAUACAGAUUGUGAGAUUGAAUGUAAAGGCGAUAUUACAGAUUGGGGACUGAAUGCAAAGGCUUAUUAUUACAGAUUGGGGAGACUGAAUGAGGGGAUAUUACAGAUUGGGAGACUGAAUGUAAAGGGAUAUUACAGAUUGGGAGACUGAAUGUAAAGGGAUAUUACAGAUUGGGAGACUGAAUGUAAAGGGGAUAUUACAGAUUGGGAGACUGAAUGUAGAGGGGAUAUUACAGAUUGGGAGACAGAAUGUAAAGGGAUAUUACAGAUUGGGAGACUGAAUGUAAAGGGAUAUUACAGAUUGGGAGACUGAAUGUAAAGGGGAUAUUACAGAUUGGGAGACUGAAUGUAAAGGGGAUAUUACAGAUUGGGAGACUGAAUGUAAAGGGAUAUUACAGAUUGGGAGACUGAAUGUAAAGGGAUAUUACAGAUUGGGAGACUGAAUGUAAAGGGGAUAUUACAGAUUGGGAGACUGAAUGUAAAGGGGAUAUUACAGAUUGGGAGACUGAAUGUAAAGGGGAUAUUACAGAUUGGGAGACUGAAUGUAAAGGGGAUAUUACAGAUUGGGAGACUGAAUGUAAAGGGGAUAUUACAGAUUGGGAGACUGAAUGUAAAGGGAUAUUACAGAUUGGGAGACUGAAUGUAAAGGGGAUAUUACAGAUUGGGAGACUGAAUGUAAAGGGAUAUUACAGAUUGGGAGACAGAAUGUAAAGGGAUAUUACAGAUUGGGAGACUGAAUGUAAAGGGGAUAUUACAGAUUGGGAGACUGAAUGUAAAGGGGAUAUUACAGAUUGGGAGACUGAAUGUAAAGGGAUAUUACAGAUUGGGAGACUGAAUGUAAAGGGGAUAUUACAGAUUGGGAGACUGAAUGUAAAGGGAUAUUACAGAUUGGGAGACUGAAUGUAAAGGGAUAUUACAGAUUGGGAGACUGAAUGUAAAGGGAUAUUACAGAUUGGGAGACUGAAUGUAGAGGGAUAUUACAGAUUGGGAGAUUACAUGGAAACGUGUUCUUUAGAUUGCAAGCUGCAAACAUAAUCAGCUGAUCCCUCUCAGCCAAUGAUCUAAGCCUUGCAGAUUUCUGGCAUUGGUAGUGGAGAUAGUGAGCCGCUUGGUGGACCCCAGGUAUGGAAUCAAAAUAUGGUCUGAGUCCUUACUGUGGGGGAAUGCCAGGGCACUUCAGGCUCCAUAGCAAUUACAGCGGCCUAUAGUAUGGUGCUUGUAGUUUACCUUUAAAUGAUAAUAUUUUGUGAUUCUCUGAAAACUAGUCUCGUUCUUUGGUUGUAACUUGUACUGUCAUUGUAUUUACCUUGAUUAUUACAGAGCCACAUGGCGUUUGUCCCGUGGGUGAGACUAAGAAGAGGAAAAGUCUGGUUUGUCCGUCUGUACUGUGUAGUCGGGAUUCGGACUGUGCCGCGGAUGAGAAAUGCUGUGUCUCUGGGGACGGACAGAAAUGUGUGAAGCCUUCUCCAGGUACAGAGACCACUUUAAUUUUUUUAUUUGAAGUCUUAUGUUAAAAAUCCAUAUAUUUAAAACAUGAAUAACAUUACAUAGUCCUAUAGAGUGUCUCUAUGACAUUGUAACAACAGUAUUCCUUUGGGUCGUAGAGAGGUAGAAUUUGUAGAUAUACAGGGCAUAAAUAGUUACAAUACCGUACAUUGCGGUCCAGGCGAUCCUCGACUUGCAAUAAUGCAGAGUUCACACCAGGCAGUGUCAAUUCUCGUACCCUGUGAGAAUAGCAUGUGUAUAUGGAUGAGGCGAUCCCAGGUAAAUCAAACAUGGACUAGCAAUUUGCACAUCUGAUAGAGUAACAAAAUAGAAAACAUAAAUUGAAUAUGGUGCUCGUUGAGCAUAUGAGUGUCAGGGUAUGUUGGAGUAAGUACCAUUUAUGUGGCCAUAUACUCCUUUUUCAGGUAAUUGAGCUCAGAUUGGAGAAAAAGGUCUAAUAGUGGGGCAUUAUGUUGGGUGUAGGCCUGACUUAAGUCAAAGAUGGUCUAGCCAGGGUUUCCAGCAGUCAUGAUAUUGGGUGGAUGAGUUUGAUAAUGAGUAGUUCCUCCAUGACACUUGUGGCGAAACCAACCUCGCCACUGUGAACUGUGGAAGCCUGGUUGCUCGCCUGCUCCCUUUGGACUAUGGCCCUGCAGGUUAAACCAUUUAUUUUCCCUGCAGAAAGGCUUAUUCAUGUGAUCUGAGUGCCAUUCAUCUAACAAUGUGUGCUCAGAUCAAAGCUAUCUGGGGAUGUGUAGAAAUGUGUGUUUUAUGUACUAAAUGUAUCAGUAUGUAAUUUUAUGUCUUUUACUGUCUUUUUGUCUGCCAUGUGGGUAAAUGGAGUUUUGCCUCUGUCCUGGGAGAUAAUUAGAUUCCUUCCCCAAUUAUCUCCAGGCCAGAGGGGAGGGAUUGUGAGGCAUUGGGGGAGGUAACUCAUGUGUGAUUGGUGUAUUGUGUAAUUGUUGUAAAUCCCUCCCUUGCAUGGGAGAAUCCUUUAUAAGCCUGUUGUGUGAAUAUAUCAGGGUUGUUCCUGUUUAACCCUCCAAGUGAAGUGUCGUCUCAUUCUUGGGGGGAAUUUGACUGUAUGCCGAUUGCCAGGAGUGUAAGCUGUUCUUAGGGCUUUUCCUGUUCGGCUGCUUCCAGGGUUUGUGUGUUUCCUGUUCGGGAGUUGGGGAUUCGUACAGUUUGGAGUUCGGGAGAUUGGUGAUUGCAGUAGCUGCUGGUCUAUGGGAAAGGGGAUUAUCGCCUAAACGUUUUUUAACCCCUUUUGAGCAAAACGGUCCGUUACAAUUGGUGGCAAGCGACGGGAUCAUUCCCACAGUCCAGAAGGACAGCUACAAGGUAACACCAUCCCCUGGACUUACAAAUGGAGGGCAGCAGGGCAAGCAUGGCACCCAGCUACACUCAGGAGCAGUAUGACAGAGAAUUUACCACGCAGAUGCCUUUCUUUGGACCCAACCCCCCGGAGAGAUGCGUGCAGUUCGUAAGGAGCCAGGUAGACGAGUACCUGCAGUUCAUGGCAGAUCCAGCCAAAGGUAUCGGCCGCCCUAUCCGGUGGCAGAGUGCGUUACGGGGACUCAGAAGGGUAUCCCAGGGAGCUGAAGGUGUCGUUCUUCCUCCCCAGCGGCAGUGUGUGUCCCAGGGAGCAGAAGGUGCAGUCCUUCCUCCUCAGCGGCAGUGUGUAUCCCAGGGAGCUGAAGGUGCCGUCCUUCCUCCCCAGCGGCAGUGUGUGUCCCAGGGAGCUGAAGGUGCCGUCCUUCCUCCCCAGCAGCAGUGUGUAUCCCAGGGAGCUGAAGGUGUCGUCCUUCCUCCCCAGCGGCAGUGUGUACCCCAGGGAGCAGAAGGUGUUGUCCUUCCUCCCCAGCGGCAGUGUGUGUCCCAGGGAGCCAAAGGUGUCGUCCUUCCUCCCCAGCGGCAGUGUGUGUCCCAGGGAGCCGAAGGUGCCGUCCUUCCUCCCCAGCGGCAGUGUGUAUCCCAGGGAGCUGAAGGUACCGUCCUUCCUCCCCAGCGGCAGUGUGUAUCCCAGGGAGCAGAAGGUGCCGUCCUUCCUCCCCAGCGGCAGUGUGUGUCCCAGGGAGCAGAAGGUGCAGUCCUUCCUCCCCAGCGGCAGUGUGUAUCCCAGGGAGCUGAAGGUGUCGUCCUUCCUCCCCAGCGGCAGUGUGUGUCCCAGGGAGCUGAAGGUGCUGUCCUUCCUCCCCAGCGGCAGUGUGUACCCCAGGGAGCUGAAGGUGUUGUCCUUCCUCCCCAGCGGCUGUGUGUACCCCAGGGAGCUGAAGGUGCCGUCCUUCCUCCCCAGCGGCAGUGUAUAUCCCAGGGAGCAGAAGGUGUAGUCCUUCCUCCCCAGCGGCAGUGUGUACCCCAGGGAGCUGAAGGUGUUGUCCUUCCUCCCCAGUGGCAGAAUAUCCUGCAGGGAGCAGGGACUGUCAGUCUUGCCCCCCAGCCGCAGGACAAGAUAAUGAAAGGGGAGACAGCUGGUCCCCCUCUCCACCAGCAGAGAGAGUGUCAGGGAGAGGAGCCUGAUACCCCCUCUCCCCAGCAGCAGUUUACAGUCCAGAGAGAGGAGCUUGUUACACCCUCUCUCCAGCGGCAGCCUAACCCACCAAGGGGAGAUGUUACACCCCCCAAUGGUGCAGAUGGGACCGUAGUCUCUGUACUUGCAGCACAAGGGGUAAGGACGGUCGGUCGUGUCCCCCAGCCACAGAGCGGUAUAUCCAGAGGGGAGACAGUCGGUCUCUCCCUCCCACAACCAGGCUCCAACCAGGCUACUUCCACGGUAGUACUGGCACCAGGGCAGAGUACCUGCCCACUCAGCAACCCACCAAGGCAGCCUAACAGUUCCCCACACAGUCGUAGUGAGGCACCUGGACAUGGACAAAGCUCUCCUCUACCCAGGUGUAGUAACCAUUUAUUGUGGGUGGGCUGUACUGCUGUUUCUGUUUUGUGGGUGGGUUGCUGGACUAACCAGGGCACUGACCGGCAGGAGGUCAGAUACCCUGUUAGUCUAGUUGGGGAGAAGUGUGGCGAAACCAACCUCGCCACUGUGAACUGGAGAAGCCUGGUUGCUCGCCUGCUCCCUUUGGACUAUGGCCCUGCAGGUUAAACCAUUUAUUUUCCCUGCAGAAAGGCUUAUUCGUGAGAUCUGAGUGCCAUUCAUCUAAUAAUGUGCACUCAGAUCAAAGCUAUCUGGGGAUGUGUAGAAAUGUGUGUUUUAUGUACUAAAUGUAUCAGUAUGUAAUUUUAUGUCUUUUACUGUCUUUUUGUCUGCCAUGUGGGUAAUGGAGUUUUGCCUCUGUCCUGGGAGAUAAUUAGAUUCCUUCCCCAAUUAUCUCCAGGCCAGAGGGGAGGGAUUGUGAGGCAUUGUGGGAGGUAACUCAUGUGUGAUUGGUGUAUUGUGUAAUUGUUGUAAAUCCCUCCCUUGCAUGGGAGAAUCCUUUAUAAGCCUGUUGUGUGAAUAAAUCAGGGUUGUUCCUGUUUAACCCUCCAAGUGAAGUGUCGUCUCAUUCUUGGGGGGAAUUUGACUGUAUGCCGAUUGCCAGGAGAGUAAGCUGUUCUUAGGGCUUUUCUUGUUCGGCUGCUUCCAGGGUUCGUGUGUUUCCUGUUCGGGAGUUGGGGAUUCGUACAGUUUGGAGUUCGGGAGAUUGGUGAUUGCAGUAGCUGCUGGUCUAUGGGAAAGGGGAUUAUCACCUAAACGUUUUUUAACCCCUUUUGGGCAAAACGGUCCGUUACAACACUGAUGGAUUCAUCUUUGCUGAUCCAAUCUCUAAGUGAUGGAGUGACCGUUUUUUUUCUCCAGUAAAUGGGAAUUAAUAGAUUUGCUGCAGUUAGGAGUUUUAUGAGUUUUCAACUAGGGUUUUGGCUUUGGGUAGAGGAGGAAAAGCAUGGUCUUGCGGUCGGGUCAGCAGAUGAAUUUCGGAGAUUAAAUGGAUGAGUGUGAUUAUUCUCUUCCAUAAGGAUUUAAUUGGUUCACAAGACCACCAUAUGUGGCAUGGGGUGCCUCUAGAGAGCCUGCACCUCUAAAAGGAGUUGGGGGAAUUGGAGAAUAAAUGUUGUUUGUGCGUGCGUGUCUAAUUAUCUUCUUGGGUGGUGUUGCUUAGAGAAAUACAGAAUAAAUUGGUGAAGCAUUUGUAUUCUUUAUCUGUGAAGGAGAUGUGGAGAUCCUCGGCCCAACGUGACAUAUAAUUUGGGUGUGAGGGUGGCUGUUGUUUUAGAUGCGGGCCGCAUGUGGCUCACAGUGAACAUACUGUGGGGAUAUUUAUGGGAUGAUAAUAUUAAACAGUCGACAAUUGCCCACUAUUUCAAUUCUCUUAGAUCUUAGAGAUUGUUUAUCAUGUAAGUGAAAUGUAUUCCAUACAAAUAAAAUCACAAUUUGUUAUAAAAAUAGAUUUAAUGUAUUGUAACCAAUUAAAUAAUAAUAAUAUUAGGCAGCAUGCAUGAUAAUAAUCAGUGAAUAUUUAGUAUAACAUAAGUAUGCAAUACAAUGGAUUGGCUAUACACGUUCCAAUGGCUAACAGCAUCACCUGUCACUUAAUAAGAUUUAUGAGGGUACUUUAAAGACCAAAAGUAAAGCUUCACACAGCGAAAAGCCAUAAAAUCUUGGCUAACAGUUAAAUCAACUGAGUAACCCUUUCAAUGCUGGCUAGAUCCACCUAGGCAUAUAAUAUCAUAUUCUCAUGUGAUUUUCAAUUAAAUUAACAUUCAAAUCAGCUCAUUAAUCAUUUCCUGGAACCAUCCAAUAAGAAUAAACUACCAGAUUUUUACAAAAGCCGAAUUUUAAUUUGCCUAAAAAGAUAUCUUAUCUUAUUUUAGAGCAAAUCAAUACACCUGGAUAAAAACAGCGGUAUGCUAACAUGUGAUACGAUCACAUUAAUAUAUAAUUAUUCUUAAUUCCACCUGCAGAAUGGAAUGUUUAUAACUAUAUAUUCUUUAGUUAACUAAGAUUUCUAAAUAUGAAAUCUGACCGUGAUUUAUCCAGUCAUAUAUCAUGCUAUUAGUAAAUUUUAAUUAAUUUAAAUUAAUUAAAUGAAACCAUUAUAAUUACCAGUUAUGUAGAUAUUCUCAUCAGAUAAGUAGGUAGUCCCAGCAGUGGCGGAUCCAGAGCCUGAUCUCGGGAGGGGCACUUGUAGAUUAUUUAAAUAAAUAAUCCAGGCACAAUAACCACUACAGCUCAGUGUAGUAGUUAUGGUGUCAGUAGUGCCAGGAUUCCACCCCAGAGUAAGUAGUCAUACCGUUUAAGAACAGUUUGACAACUUACCUGGGGUCUGCUGGGAUAUAGGGUAUAGGAGCAGUGGUGUGUGUUAAGGGUGAAGUGUGUGAGUGCGGCAGUGUAUGUCAGGGACAGUGUUUGUGGGGCAGUGUGUGUUUGUGGGGCAGUGUGUGUAUGGGGGCAGUGUGUGUAUGGGGGCAGUGUGUGUAUGGGGACAGUGUGUGUAUGGGGGACAGUGUUUGUGGGGCAGUGUGUGUAUGGGGACAGUGUGUGUAUGGAGGGGCAGUGUGUAUAUGGGGACAAUGUUUGUGGGGAAGUGUGUGUAUGGGGGCAGUGUGUGUGUAUGGGGACAGUGUUUGUGGGGCAGUGUGUGUAUGGAGAGAGUGUUUGUGGGGCAGUGUGUGUAUGGGGGGCAAUGUACGUAUGGGGACAGUGUUUGUGGGGCAGUGUGUGUAUGGGGACGCAGUGUGUGUAUGGGGGCAUAGUGUGUGUAUAGGGGACCUGUGGGGCAGUGUGUGUAUGGGGGGCAAUAUGCAUUAUGGGGACAGUGUUUGUGGGGCAGUGUGUGUAUGGGGGACGCAGUGUGUGUGUAUGGGGGCAGUGUGUAUAGGGACAGUGUUAGGGGGCAGUGUAUGUAUGGGGGCACUGUGUGUGUUUUUGGGGCAGUGUGUGUAUGGGGGACAAUGUGUGUAUGGGGACAGUGUUUGUGGGGCAGUGUGUGUGUAUGGGGGGCAGUGUGUGUAUGGGGACAGUGUUUGUGGGGCAGUGUGUGUAUGGGGGGCAAUGUACGUAUGGGAACAGUGUUUGUGGGGCAGUGUGUGUAUGGGGACGCAGUGUGUGUAUGGGGACGCAGUGUGUGUAUGGGGACAGUGUUUGGGGGCAGUGUGUGUGUAUGGGGACAGUGUGUGUAGGGGGGCAGUGUGUGUAAUUGGGGGGGCAGUGUGUGUGUAAUGGGGGGGCAGUGUAUUUAUGGGGGAAAGGAAAUAAAUAUCCUAUGUCCCCCCUCCCUUCUUACCUUUAUUUAGGAAGAGGGGGGACAUUUCCCUGGUGGUCAGGUGGUCUGAGUGAACUCUAGCCCGCGCUCCCGGGCUAGAGUUCACUCUCGCGAGAUUUGGAGCAUUGCCGUGGUAACCGUGGCAACGCUCCAAAUCUCGAGAGAGGAGGACCCGGAGGAGCUGCAGACUGAGCUCCGGAUCCUCCCUCUCACUCCCUCCCUCCCUCCGCCGCCGGCUGCCAGCACAGUGGCUGCGGACCGGGGAGGGAGAUCUCUGAUCUUCCUCCCCGGCCCGCAGGCACAUUGCAGGGCUGGCACUUGGGCAAUGCCAGCCCUGCGUUAGCCGGCAGGGGGGAAUCUCGGGGGGGGCAAUUGCCCCGUUGCCCCCCCCCCUGGAUCCGCCAAUGAGUCCCAGAAAUUUAUAAAACAAGAGAAAAGAGAGGCUGCGCCAAAAGAAAUGAUAUAAAGGUAGUAAAAAUUAUUGUAUAAAAUUAGUCCCAAUAUAUAUAAAAUUGAUCUGUGGUAUUAAGUUGUCUCAAGCAAUAUUUCAGCUGGUGAGGUAUCUUCUCUGUUUAUAGUAGUGCAGAUCGUCUCGUGAUAUGGAAGACACAAGAAGAGAGGACCAAUCGUGCAGAGUGUAUAUGAUGAUUAUAGGUGAAUUAAAAUAUAAAAUUGGUCUGGUGUGCCUAUUGCAACACCCAGGAGUGAGGGAGUCUGACUUGUAGUGGAAUGUCUCAAACUGGAUAUGGGCAGAGAUUUCACCCAGUACUCUGCCUGAAACUAAAGUGGUUUGGUGUGCACCUAAAGUUAGGUGCAAUGGGGUCCAGGAGUCAGUUCGCUUGAAAAGGCUUUUAUAUAUCCUGAUAUUCUAGGAGAAAAAUGCAACACUUGCAUAUAUGGGGUGUAUGGCUUUAAAUCUGCUAGAGGCAGAGUCAAACUUGCUACACACCAAAAUAAUCUACUUAAAACUCAAAGAUGGAGACUGGAGAAGAAUGUAUAGGAAAACAGUAUGAGGAACUGUUUCCUAUAUGUAAAAAAUUAUCACCAUUAUGUAUAAUAUGACUUUAAAUAUACGAUUAAUCAAGUGAGGCAGAUGGUGUGCCAAAUGUCAUGCUUAGUAGCAGAGAAUGAACGAUAAAAAUAGAAACUGUGUAUAAUGAGUAUACGGUUAUAUGACUAUAAAUCACCGUAUCACUUAGAAUAAUAAUAAAAAGAUAAUUAAAAAAAUAAGUAAAUAAAAUAAAUACAAAGUUUAUUGGGCAUCUUGAAAAAUACUAAAAAUAUAUAUUAAAAUAUAAACAGUAAUAAAAAAUAUGAGUCAGGAACGUAUUGCAAGAAAAUUACCAGCACUUUAGCAGUCCUUGUGUCAGAUAAAAUGCAGGGACCAUCCAGGAUGGAUGUGGAUACAGUGUUGCAUAAACUGUAAUCUCUGGCUGUCGGCUGUGAGGUUGGCGUGCGUCCCAGACCUCACUCUGAGUGAUGCAUGCUUACUGGCCGGUCGGUCCCCAGAUCUUUAGGUAUCGUACUCUCGGUAAGUGGGGGUUGCUGGUUGCUGGCUUCAAAAUUCUGCGUCCGUAUCCUGCUCGGUCUGAUAUGGUCUAACGCGUUUCGUGGGUGUCAGCCCCACUUCAUCAGAGACGGUAUGAAGAUUCAGUAGUCUGUGCUGUUUAUAAAUGUACAUCUGACUGAUUGCAAUUGGUAACAUAAGGAUCGUUCAUACAAGGAUGAUGUACUAAAUAUUUAACCCUUAAUGUGUUAAUAGAAAAUAAAAUAAAAUAAAAUUAAAAUAAAGAUACACAUACAUAAAUACACUGGAAUGGGUACAUUCAUGAAUACAGUAAUAAAUAUCAAUAAUAAAAAUGUAAGUUGCAAGAAUGAUCACAUAUAAACAUAAUUUAAGUUGCAAGAAUGAUCACAUAUAAAAAUAAUUAAGAGAUAUUUGAAACAUGCAUGGAAUCAAUGAAUGGAAUAAGUAAAUUUGCUGUAAAAAUACACAUAGACAGUAUGUAUUGUAUAUAUAUACAUACAUAGAGAUAACGUAAAAGGUAUAAUUAAAAGACAGAAUAUUAAAGAUAUAUAAAAAGAAAAAAUAUAAGUAUACCUAAUCGUUAAAAGGCUAAAAGGACUAUACAACGAACGGAAGAAAUGGUAAGAGAUAAAGGAGAAUAAUUAUAAUAGAUAAUAUCUAUAAAUUAAAAUUAUGACAGGAGGCUUCCGGUAAAAGUAUAAGUAUAUUAUAUAUUUGUAAUAACCUUUUAGUUUAUUGGAUUUGUGGGCAGUGUAUUAGAGUGGAGGGAGGGUGGGCAGUGUAUUAGAUUGGGUCUGUAUGGAGGCGUUGAACGCUCCCCGUGGAGAUGCUGAUUGGCCACAAAGCGUUUUGCCACACAUGCACAAUAGCCUCCCAAUGCUUUCCUACCAAGUUUGUUGUUCUAAGCCAAAGUGAAGAACACAUUCAUAGAACUUCAAAAUAAACAAGAUAAUGUCAUUUGUUUUGGUUUUUUUUUACAGCUGUGCAACAACAUCCAUUCACCAUUUCAGUCCCAUUACCAAACAUUUUUGUAAUAUGUCAAGGUAGUUAGACUGAAACGUUGGUUAUAUGCAAAUGCCCAUCUCCUUAAAAUAAAUUGUCUCUUUUGUUUAUUUUGAAGCCCUACGAGCGCGAGGACGUCCAGUGUCAGUACUUUUUUUGUAUUUUUUUUUUUAUACUGUACUUUUCUAAAUAAACAUUUCUAUGAAAACUGAAUUUUUUUUGUUUUUUGAAAAUCAAUAGGUGUUUGGAUUUUAUGGGCGGUUUGUUGUAUAGUUUCUUGAAUUGUGAUCGGUCUCAGGGAUGUGCAUAGAGAAAAUAUUCGGUUCGGCAUUCCAAAAUUCGGGACUUCGGCAACUUCGGCACUUCGGAAUUUCGGGACUUUGGCUGUUCUCUUGCAGCCGCUUAGUAAAUAACUCCCUAAUUUCCACGGUAUUGGGGAACUAUCUACCAAAAGGCUGAAAGACCUAAAUUGGUUUUCAGCCAAAUUUACUAGUAGGGGAAUGUUUAUUAAACAGUGAGCAGCCUGUGGUGGGUUUGGGGCCCUAAAUUAGAAUAAGGGGGGGACAUAUUGUCCUCCCCCCCGGCCCCCACCCCCUGGGCGGCGGGUGGGGGCCAGAAAUAAAAAUGUAACCCCCCCCAGGUGACUAGAGGUACCCAAACCCCCUUCCCAAACAAAAUUUAUUAACCCCUAUGUGAUGGACCCUCCGUCAAUCGAUGCUCCUAGUGCUUACCAAGGACCAUCAGAACCGCCACAGCUUGGCUGGGAACUCGCCGUCCUCUACCCACCCUGGACCUACGACAAGCCUCCAGGUUCCAGUGGGUGACCCUCUCUUUCUCCAGAGAGUUAAGCAGGAAUAGCCCUUAAAAGAGCUUAGUAAUUAUAGCCCAGGAGAGUAUACAGAGUAUAGCAAUCCCCCAGUGUAGAUGCAGCCUUUUCCCCCCACAAAUAAGACGAGGUUCUAUGUUGAGGGUAAAACAGGAACUCAGCAGUCUGAGGGUUUGUCUCUUUUAUACAGGUUUUCCCACAAGGUUACCACCCAUGUGGACCUUGUGAAGCACAGGACACAAAGUUACAAAGCCAAUCAAAACAGGUUUGUACAGAUAGACUCUCCCAGAUAAUGUACACAAGCCCUUCCCUCUGCCUGUUUUACAAUUGUGAAGAAAAUAGACUUUUACCUGUUAUUUUCUCCCUUUUUAUUCGGUAUUUUUUAUAUGUGAAUAUUUGUAUAUUGAAUGGAUUGGUUCGGUAGUUUGAAACUACCGAACGCCGACCACCCUCCUGGCUCAUUUACUUCAAAGAAAACUAGCUAUUAAGUGCUCCCUGGGCGGCCGAUGUUCGUAUAACCGAACGCCACGUGGAAAAGAAAACGGUGGCCAUCUUGUUCGUACGCUGGAAACUACCGAACGCCGGCUUCUCAUACUUCCCGAACAGCCAGGAAAGCCUCAUUCGGUAGUUCUGUGCGAACGGACAAGGGGAGCAAUCGCUACUAUAAGCCAGGGGAAUCCAUUCAGGAGUUUUAUUCGUUUUUUUCAGUUUUGUGAAUUGACCGACUGCACACGCUGAAUUCAUGGAACUGUUUUGGGCAGGAGCUGCAUGUGUGGUCGGUAAAAGGGACCCUCCACACUUUUUCAGAACCCUUGGACCAAUCUGGGUGAAAUUUGGAUAUGUUUGUCCCCCAGAUCGGGGCUAUCAGGGGAUAUGUAAUUUGUGGGGAUACCUUGUGGGGAAAGGGGUGUUCUAAGUUUUGGGGAUAUUGUGUGCUCUCUGCCUGGAGAUAAUUGGUUUAGUCCUUAAUUUAUCUCAAGAUCUCCCAGGCACAGAGGAGGCGUGUAAUACUGUGAAUCUGUGUGAUGAUUGGCUGUUGCUUUUGUUUGCUGUGGGAGGUCCUCUUGCAGGAGGAUUUCUCAUAAAAGCCUGUGCUCAUUAUUCCUGUUACACCCUUCAUGAAGUCUAGGCUCAUGUUUGGGGGAUAUUCUACUUGUUGGGAAGAAUCACAUUGGAACUACAUUUCAUCUAUUCUAUUCCUCUACUCCCUGCUGCAGCUAUAAUCACUCAUGCUCAGCUGUUGGGAGAGGGAACCAAGACCGCAGCACCAUAACCACUGCAGGUCUUAACAACAAUUAACAAACACAGUGGAUUACCCACAGACAGAAAACACACAUUUUUCACAAAACACAGAAAACACCACAUAUCCCCACAAAUUAUACAUCCCUUGAUAGCCCUGAUCUUUUGACCGACUUAAAGCAUGGCUUUCAUGCCCAGAAUAGUUCCACAGAUUUAGGCUGUGCGGCCAUUCUAUCUUCUCCUCUAUCCUGGAGAUAAUUGGCUUAAGUGGCUGUGGUAACUUAAUUAUCUCCAGGUACAGGAAAUAUCUCUAAGUCAAAAACUGUUAGAAAAACCACAUGAAGAUACUUAACUCUUAUCAUACAAUGUUUAACCUAUAUGUCCAACAUAUCCUCAGAUAGCUUGGAUCUGAGCGCUCAAUAUGUCAGAAAAGCACUCAGAUCUCACGAAUACAGUUGGAUCGCCAUGGGGUUAAACAAUAGCAAUGGCUGAUGGGAGAUUGAGGGGGGACAAAGCAGCCAGUUUAAAUUGGUCUGGCAGUGUCCCUGGGACAACGCUGUGCUGGAGAAACAAUAGGACAGGAAAAAGGGGGAGGGGAAGAGGCACAUUUUCCCAUGGAAGUCACUUUUUAGCAUGUCUUUUUGCAGGGCCCAUAGUCUUUGGACAAAAGGCUGGCCAUUAGUCCUCUCCAAAAACCUGUGGCGAAAUUGCUUUCAUCACACCCUGCCUACCCCCCUCACCCUAAAAAUAGUGAGAGUGGACCAAUAACUAUGUACCUGUAAAUAAAUAAAUACAACUUAACAUUUGAUGUCUUUUUUUCUAAAAUCUUCUUUUCUCAGCACCAAAAUAGGGCAAAUAAAAAAAACCAUAAUAACCAUCGCACUUUGGAAGAAAAAAAAAAUCAUAGUGCAAAAAAAUCAGAUGAGAAAAAACAAACUAAACACUGAAAAAUAAUCCAUCUUCACCCAUGCAGGGCACCGCGCACACUGAGCUACGCAUGGUGGAGGAAGGCUUAUAAAGCCUUGCCCCGCCCUGCAAUUAGGCUCAGAGCACUCUGGUUGGUUGGUUUAAGCCAUCCAAUCGGAGUGCUCUGACAGGUAAAUGAAGAGACUGACAGGUAACUUUCUACAUUUACCUGUCACAACACUCUGAUUGGUUGGCUUGAAAUCCACCAGAGUGCUCUGUGUCAUUUUACACAGCGUAGGAAAGUUCUUUGGAAUUUUCCCACGAGGUGUAAUUUGACUGAUAACUCUCUGGUUAAUUUCAAUCCACCAAUCAGAGUGUUGUUAUGAGUCAAAGUACACAGCCAGGGAAAAUUCCAAAGAACUUUCCCACGCUGUGUAAAAUGACACAGAGCACUCUGAUUAGUUUGAAUUUUUUUUUUUCAUUGGAUUUAUUUAUCUUUGCACAGGUUAUUUUCUUUUCUUUUUUUUUAAAGUGCGACAGGUAUUAUGAUUUUUUUAUUUGCCCUUUUUUGGGGCUGAAAAAAGGCUUUUAGAAAAAAGACAUCAAAUGGUAAGUGUAAGGAAACCUAGCAUAUCCAAUCCUCAUUCAGUAGUUUCCUUCCGAACGGCCAGAUAAUCAGUGAUUAUAGCUCUCUGUUCGGUAGAUAAAAUAAACGAAAUCCAUACGAAUGCAAUAGCUUUACAUGAUGAUUCCCUUAAUAAAGCAUACGAAUACCCAAACAUCAGCCGGAGUCUAGAAGAAGGGUGCAACAGAACUGGCUUUUAAUGAUCACACACUGGCUUUUAUGCAAGUCCCCAUGCAUUCCAAUCAUUAACAAGGAAAACAUUAAGCACUCCCAGCACAAACAUACAAUUCCCUCCCCUUGUCCUGGAGAUAAUCAAGUCUGAUAAAGUAAUAACUUAAUUAUCUCCAGGCAGAAAAAAUACAGUUUUCCCCAAUAUUUAGAACACCCCUUUAUGCAUAUGGUAUUCCCACAAAUAAUGUCCCCUGAUAGCCCCGAUCUGGGUGACCAACAUAUUCAAAUUUCACCCAGAUAGGUUCAGGGGUUCGCAAAAAGUAUGGAAGUCUUUUGUGACCGGCUUACCGCGAGGUUGCUGCCCAAAACAGUUCCACGAGUUUGGGUAGUUUUGCCGGUCCAUUUAGUAAAGUAGAAAAAAAUGAAUAAUUCCACAAACGUUUUCCCCUGGCUCCUAGCAGCGAUUGUUCCCCUCAUACGAAUGAACAAAAGUACCGAACAGCGCUCUUCUAGCUGUUCGGGAAAUAAAGAUCCAGCGUUCGUAUGUUGGGACCGGUGUUCGGUAAGUUGAGUGUCCGAUUUUAGUUCCAGACACUCAACGACCAAGUCCUGCUGCCUUUGUUCGCACAAAAAAAAGGUGGCCACCUUUUUCUCCGAAACGUGGCGUUCAGCAAUACGAACGACGGCCGCACAAGUAGAGGGUUCAAUUGAGGCAUGCUUUGAAGUUAACGAGCCAGGGGGUUGGUCUCUGUUCGGUAGUUACAUCUACUGCAUGAAAAAGGGGAGACUUACCGAACACAAACAGGGAUUUCUUCACAGUAAGAUUUAUUUAUUCAUUUUCAGGUACUUAAUUAUUGGUCCUCCCUCACUAUUUUUAGGGUGAUGGGCGUAGGUAGGGGUUAAUUAAUUUUGUUUGGGAGGGGGUGACUAGGGUUUUGGGGACCCCUAGUCAUUUAGGGGAGGAGUUACAUUUUUAUUUAGGGCCCCCACCUGCCGCUCAGGUUGUUAAGUCAAAUUACAUAGCGUGGGAAACUUUCCCACGCUGUGUAAAAUGACACAGAGCACUCUGGAUUUCAAGCUAACCAAUCAGAGUGCUGUGACAGGUAUAUCUAGAGACGUAUAAAUAAAAAAGAAUUAGACCAUCCAAGUGCAGUGUGUGUACAAUAAAUAAAAAAAGAUAAUUCCUUCCUUUUUUGGUACAGUGUAAGACAGGAUUCCUCUCAAUCCUCAAGAUAAAUGCAAAAAUAAGAUACAGCUAAAUAUAUUAGCAGAGAAAAGAGAAACUCAUAGGGUCAGUAGCAUAUAUCAACAAAUGGCCCCUUGUAUCAAUAUUGCACUCACAGACUGAAUUAAUUUUUCGGGCUCAUCAAUUAAGUUCGAUUUUCACGGAUCCACCAAUUUAGGUCUUUCAGCCUUUUAGUAGAUAGCUCCCUGAUACUGUGGGAAUUAGGGAGUUAUCUACUUAUUCAUCCCCUUACCUUGACUAAGUAACGUACAUUUUAUAUUUUUUCUAUAUUUUUUUUAUUCUUGUUUUUAGAUCUACAAGAGUGGUUGUUUAAUUCCAUGUUCAAUAAGGGUAAAGUUGUAUAGUGUGCUCUCACCAUUCACAUCUUUUUGUAAUAUUGUAUUAUUUAAGUUUAUGUGAAAAGUGACUCACAUUAGUGAUUGGAGCACCUAAGUUCUUAACCUCUUAACCUUAAUCUUUUUUAUAUUCACUAUGUUACUUGAUUGUUAUAAGUAUUGCAAAUGCUUACAGCUGAAUCCUGGCUAUGUCUAUAUACUUUUUAUUAAACUGGUAUACAGUUUGUUAACGUCCAAAUUAAGAAUUUCCUUUUGAACUCCAAAAGUUGCAAAUGAUCUCCAUCAAAUGAGCAGAGCAGACCUUCCUUCUCCCAAGAAGGUUUCUCCACCUCAAACUCUUCCUCCUCCAAUACACUGCGCCUUCAAGAUUUCUCGAGGGCUGCACCGUUCCUGUGGAACUCGCUUCCCUCCUCGUUAGAUGCUCACCCAGUCUCCAUUCCUUCAAAAAAUCGUUAAAAACCCACUUCUUCAUAAAAGCGUAUCACUCAAACUGUUAAUAGCUCCUGACUGAUUCCUCUUCUGCAACUGUCAUUAGUCUAAUACUAUCCUUACCUUUUUGUGUCAUUUUACCCCACACCCCACUUAGCAUGUAAGCUCAUUGAGCAGGGCCCUCAACCCCUCUGUUCCUGUGUGUCCAACUUGUCUGGUUACAACUACAUGUCUGUUCGUCCACCCAUUGUAAAGCGCUGCGGAAUUUGACGGCGCUCUAUAAAUAUCAUAAUAAUAAUAAUAUAUUACUACUUCGGCACUUCGACACUUCUGAACAUGUCUAGUCUCAGGUUCCCCUUCAUAAUUGUGGAACUGAGUUAAUGAAAUAUGUGAGCUGUGAAUGGCAAACAUUGUGCAUGUGGGUGUGUGGGGUAGAGGGUAUGAUUUCAGCUAGUACCUGAAUUCUUUGAACAGUAAGAAUGGAGCAGAGUGUAAGGUAAGUGGAAUUGUGAUAGGCAGAGAAAGAGGCCGGAUUCAUGCCCGGGUGGAACUGUGGGUUGUAAGUUAGAGGAAAGAGAGGUGAGGGGUGUAGGGAUAUAUUGGAGAGUAGUCUGAUUUGUUGCCAUAUUCUCAAUGUUGGGUAAAUGGUGGGGUGGAAGGAUGGGUUGUGAAGGGUUUUACCCCUCUCUUGACACGGAAUGGUGCACAGCAGAGCUUGGAAGCCCAUAUUUUCCAGGUGUACCCAGUGCUUUUGAUUAUUGGGUCGUGGUCAUUCAUAAAUCCUCGUUAGGAUUACUGCCUUGUGAUAGGCUUCCAAGUUGAGCAAACCUAAGCUUCCCUGUAGUUUGUGGCCCAUAAGGCCUUGAAGGGAGAUUCUGGGGUGUUUGUGCACCCAUAGGAAAGGACUGAACAGACGUGUUAUGGUUGUGAAGAAGGAUUUUGGUAGAGCAAUGGGCAGGGUUUGUAACCUGUACUACAAUUUAGGUAGGGUAUUUAUUUUUAGAAUAUGCUCUGAGUGAACCAGCCAAAUAACGAUUUAUGCCAUGUGGCCAGGUCUGUCGCUAUAGAUUGAAGGAGGGGACUCAAUCUUUUACUAAAUCUUUUUUUACUUCGCUCACUUUGAUCCAUUCUACUGCUUUCAAUUAUUAACCUUAACUCCAUUCUUCAGAUUUAGAGUUACUCAAUGUGUGCCCUCCGUUUGAUCCCUCCAUCUGUCCACUGGCCAAACCAGGGCCUGAUGACUGUAAAUUCGACGGUCCGUGUCCAAGUGGCAAAAAAUGCUGUUGCUCCAACUGUGGCUGGAAAUGUGUAACCCCUGUGCAAGGUAAGCGAGAAUAUUCCUUACUGGUUUAUCUCCACCAACACACACUUAUUGCAUAUAGUAUAUUGAGCACAUCAAGGCUUCUCAUUUUCUCAAUUCUCUUUGGUUUUAUCUCCUUCAAACACUUAACUUCCUAGUAUUUGCAUAUCCUGACCUCAACCAUUAGGGCAGUCAAGAUCCAAAAAUACGACAAAUUUCAUCUUCACAAUGUAUAUCAUGUACAAUUGUUUUGGCCUUCUAUAGGUGUCAUCAGCAAGGUGUAGCUGAUACCCAUCUAGGCACGGGGGUCCACUUCUGAAUUACCCAUUUAAAUUGGGGAAAAAGCUCAGAGAAACUCAAUAGGUGUCAGAAUAGUUGCCCACCUAAGGGCAAGUUAUUUUGUCUGUUCUCAGUAUUGUUUUGCAACCUGUUUUAGUUUGUUUGCUAUCCUUAAUGUAAAAGCAUAAUCCAGAUGUGGACCCCAUGCUCACUAGAGGAGUAUCCGCUACACCUGACUAUAAGGCCUAACAAGACUGAAAUGAUCAUCUGGGGUUGCUGUAUCUUUCGUACAGAGGGCAUUUUGAAUCUGAACCCUCUGUUGGGAUCAGCCUGAUGUGCAAAUAGCUUAGGUUCUCUCUGUAAUGGCAUAACGUGAGCUAAAAGCAGCUUGCCAGCGGAGCGGGGUCCCGGCGAAGAGUAAGCUGUUUGAGUUGUUACACAAAAUGGAGAAAUAAAGUAAACAGAGUGCAGGUCAGGAGUCCGGAUACAAGUCAAGGGCUCAUGAGCUGCACCACUGUAACCACCUAAUAGGGAGCUCUAAUGAGGGGGUAACCCUCCAAAAUAUGUAGGUAAUAGGAGUAGGUGAUGUGUAGAGUCCCACAAGGGGACACCAACAUCAGGAGAGCUCCACUGUAUAAGAAAUGAGGAAGGGAGGCCCUACCUUUAAUCAAUCUAAGGAUAAAAAGGGAUAUGCAAACAAAAAGUAUAACUUGAAAAAAAGGGAGAUCUACUAAAUAGUGUCUGGAGUACUAGCUAGCAUCUAAGUUCCAAUUCCCCUAGUGCCCGACUGACAGGAAGGUAGUGUAAACGAGGUUAGGGAGAGAGAAGAGGCACAGGGUCCCCAGAGAACAAGGGACCGGGUAAUCCGAUCUAAACGCAGAUUAAAAGCCUCUCACAAAAAAUAAAUAAUUAAAUAAAUCUCUCAAUGCACCUUAAAAGUUACCUCGACACCAUUAUCUAACCACUAGUGUCUACCUGAACCAACUCUCCCUACUAAAGUUAUAAAUAAAUAAAUCAACACCUAAAAAUCAAUAACCGUAGUGGUAACAAAAAUAAAAAAGUGCUACCAAGUGCAGAAGAAAAAGAAAACGCUUGACGCGCGUUUCGGCAUGUUCAAAACGCUGUCGUCAGGAGCCUGUGAACAUGAGCAGCUUAUUGUUCCAUUUAAAUACCUAUUAAUGAUGAAAACAUGGCCAUCAGCUGUUCAAUGUGGGAGUUCCUGAGGGGCGGAGUAUCUAAACUCUAUUCUGCAGUCUACCAGGGGUGUGGCAUGUCGUCACAUAUUCUACAUAUCAAAAACAUAGUGAAGACACACCCUGCCAAUGACAUAGCUUACCUGGCAAAAUCCCUGACUGCAAUGGCUGCUAAAAAAAAGGCAAGGCUGCAGGUUCAAAUCCCGGCAAGGCCAACCCAACACCCCAUCCGUCCAAGAUCGGCAAAACAAGCUCGAUCAAUGGGGCAACAUUAACAUAUACUACUGGUCAGCUCCGAGACCUGUGUCCUACUAAGAGAAAGGUGCCACAUAAAUACUGUAUUUAUCGGUGUAUAACACUCACCGGCGUAUAACACGCACCUCAAAAAAAACUUAAAGGACCACUAUAGUGCCAGGAAAACAUACUCGUGCCCCCACCCUCAGGGUCCCCCUCCCGCCGGGCUCUGGAGAGAGGAAGGGGUUAAACACUUACCUUUCUCCAGUGCUGGGCGGGGAGCUGUACUCCUCCUCUCCUCCUUGCUCGCGACGUCAUCGGCUGAAUGCGCAUGCGCGGAAUAGGAGUUUCUGUUUCCUGUACCCGGUCGGACUGACAGGAAGGUGCACACUGAGUCUGGCCAGCCACCGCGGACAGCAGAGCAGCUCGGCCACGCUACAGGAGAGGUGAGAACCAACUGCAGCCGCCUGACCGCUCUUGACAGAGCGCUCAGGCGGCUGCAGUAUUUAAAGGGCCGGCGUAUAACACGCACCCAUAAUUUUCCCCCUAUUUUCAGGGAGAAAAAGUGCGUGUUAUACGCCGAUAAAUACGGUAUAUGUUAUUAUUAUUUUUUUAACCCCUUAACGACGAGUGAAUUGCUGUAUUAGAAUUGCUGUAUUAGAGGCAGACCGGGAGCAUCCGAUAGUGCUGCCCAGCACAUGUGCUCGCUCUGACAGCAUGUCAGCAUGUCAGAGCGAGCACAUGUGCUUAGUAUACUUACCUUCCGCCUCCCUGCACUUACUAAGGACCUGAGUUAUUCCUGAUACAAUAGGCCUGCCAGGUGGAUUCGUCAAGUACUUAUGCACCUUAGGCAGUUGUUUGAGUUGUUAUCCAUUCUCCGUAUUCUCUUGCUCACUGUUUUCGUUUAAAAAUAAAACUAGAAAGAAAAUGGGUGCUUGAAUGAGCAGUGAGGUCGUUGAGGAAGGUAAGAGGUCUCUGCCCUGGACUUUUUAUUUUUGGUCUGAGUCAAGGUUUUCCAGGAACAAAGACACAAGGUCUUCCUAUUGUCUACUACUACUACAUCCACACCAACAUGCAUGUGUGCAGUGUAAUACAGAACACAUCACAAGUUUCCAUUUUCUCCAUUAAUGUUUGGUUUUAUCUCCUACAAACUUUUUCCUCCAAGGGUUUAUAGCUCACAGUUCACUCUCAGAGCCUCUUUUUGUGUCUACUCCUGUGGCACCUGCAUUUUUUCCGGUCACCCAGCCUGUUGAGGUACAUCAUGGACCCCUUCUUUCUCUAUCUGAAUACAAAAUUCAGAAGUGACAACCUGUCUUAUAAAUUACCAGAGCAUUUGUCUGCUGGAGAUCUUUUCCAGCAUGACACCCAGUUCUUUUACUUAUGAAAUCAAACAGUUUUUCCUGUAGAACAUCUGUUGGAUCUGUUGGUUCUCUAAACAAGACACUGACUUAUUUAAAAUUAACAGUUUUGUAAUGUUCUGCCUUCUAUUCUCUCUGCAGUGAGACCAGGGCGCUGUCCUCCUAUCAAAGCUAAGUGUUUGUUGCCACUGCCGAAGCCCAAAUGCCAGACUGACAGUGACUGUCCCGGCAAACAGAAAUGCUGUAAUAUUUGUGGGAAUAGCUGCUGGGAUCCUGCGGAAGGUAAUGUGAUAAUGAAGUCCGUCUGAUAUAAGUGUAUAGCAGAGUCACAGAGCUCCCCAUGUUACAGUUUCUGUUAAAUAGAUAAUUAGUUAUUUGAAAACAAAGUCAGUGUUCCUCACCCAAAAAAUAGUGAUAAAAAUAUUACAUUAUAUUUUUAUGAUUUGUUUGAGAGGUAGAAGGAAUAUUCCAGCAUUACUUUAGGAGUCCCUGAGAUUUUCACUGGAUCAGCAAAACGUACAUUGAAUUUAAUAUGUUCUGCGUUGUAUCUACUAGAAUGGUGUUCUACCUUCCUUUGUAUGGUAACCAUUAAUGAUGGAGGGGAAAUGUCCUUCCGUCAAAGGAGAACGUGUCUGAAUCUGCCUCAAAGAAGCAUAUUUCACUUGCUGUGAGAAUUUCUAAAGAGACCUUUUUUUAAUGUUCAUUUUUAUGAUGUUUAAAUUUUUGACAACUUUCCAUAUAUUUGUUACUGGCCACGUGGUUUUGUUCUCUUGCUAUUGAUGUCUCUAAUGGCUGGAUUAAUUCUCGGUGUAUAUUUCUUUGUUAUAUUAGAGCCACAUGGCGUUUGUCCUGUGAGUGAGAUAAAAAAGGGAAAAAGUCUGGUUUGUCCAUCGGUCCUGUGUAGUCGUGAUUCGGACUGUGCCGCGGAUGAGAAGUGCUGUGUCUCUGGGGACGGACAGAAAUGUGUGAAGCCUUCUUCAGGUACAGAGACCCCAUUAUUUAUAUUGAAUGCAGUGUGUGGGUGUCAGCCAUUACUGUUAGCAUUUACUGUGCAAUCAAUAAAUUAUUAAACAAACACAUGGUGAUAUGUGAACUGUAAUAAUCUCACUUAAUUCCAAUGGGUAGCAGAUUAGUCUGUGAUAACUUUGUUUCCUAGUUUUCAAUCAUAAGUCCAUUAUUACGUGUGGCAACCAUACAGCCUCUUUUUACACUUUGCUCAUCAACGUUAAUAUAUUUUACUGACUUUGUUUUCUCCAUUCUUCAGAUUUAGAUUUACUCAAUGUGUGCCCUCCGUUUGAUCCCUCUAUCUGUCCACUGGCUAAACCGGGGCCCGAUGACUGUAAAUUCGACAGUCCGUGUCCAAGUGGCAAAAAAUGCUGUUGCUCCAACUGUGGCUGGAAAUGUGUCCCACCCGGGCAAGGUUAGCGAGAAUAUUCCUUACUGGUUCAUCUGCACCAACACAAACUCAUUGCAUAUAGUAUAUUGAGCACAUCAUGGCUUCCCAUUUUCUCCAUUCUCUUUGGUUUUAUCUCCUCCAAACACUUUACCUCCUUGUAUUCUGCUCCACAGAUCUCUCUCUGGACAAAUGCCAUCUCCCUGACCCUUGUUUUAUAGUCUCCUUCCACACCUGCUCUGUCCAGUCACACAUCCAGUCCAGGCAUCUCGUUGGCCAGUUCUGGGAUCCUUGGAUUUCUCUAUAUAUCCUUGGAUUUCUUGUAUAGUAGAUUUCUCUAUACUAUACAACUUUCAUUCUAUCUAUGGACUUUUCAUAUCUUUUUCUGAGUGUCUACAAUUUUUAACUCCUUAUAUGUGGCGGCAUUCGCUUACGGAACGUCUGUGGAAUCCAUCCAUUCUGCUCAAUGUGACUGUAUUUCUAAUUCACUGACUUGUAACAUAUUACCUGCAAUUCAUUGUGUCCUUUUUGCAGUAAGACCUGGGCGCUGUCCCCCUAUUGUAGUCAGAUGUAAGUUCCCACCACCGGAGCCCACAUGCCAAGCUGAUCGUGACUGUCCCGGCAAACAGAAAUGCUGUAAUAUUUGUGGGAAUAGCUGCUGGAAUCCAGCAGAAGGUAAUUCUGCAUGAUAACUGUGCGUAAUUCAAUAAGGUUUCAUGGCUCACAUUUCCCCAGAGCACCAUAACCGUGAUUAUUAGAAAAUGUCUAACUAGUUUCACUUUUCCUAAAGCCCAUAUUUAUCCACUGAAUCUGUGAAGAUGUUCUAUAUAUUGGUAGGCAUCCUUUUGCACUCCAGAUGUUGUGGACAACAUCUCCCAUGACGCUCCUACAGUCAAACUACAAGAAGAUGUAGCCCACAACAUCUGGAGUGCCGAAGGUUACCUACCCCUGUAAAAAUCUAUAAAUCGUUAAUGGUGAGCUCAAUGUGAGUGCACCGGACAAAUGGUGCAAAAAAGAUUUUCAACACAAUGAAAGGCGAUAUUACAGAUUGGGAGACUGAAUGUAAAGAGGAUAUUACAGAUUGGGAGACUGAAUGUAAAGGGGAUAUUACAGAUUGGGAGACUGAAUGUAAAGGGUUUAAUUUAUUGGUAAAUUAACAGGUUUAAACACUAAAGUGAGUUCUAAAUGAAUUCAAAUUUAAGGUAAAAAAAAGCCAAACUGAACAUUUUCAAAGUAAACUAUCUUUUCAGUUUGACUACUUGAAAAUCACAUUGAAUUCAGGCUGAUAUCUCACUAGUGAAUAACCCAGUACAUGUAAAGGGAAUCCUACAGAUUGGGAGAUUACAUGGAUACGUGUUCUUUAGUUUGCAAGCUGCAAACAAAGUCCGCUGAUCCCUCUCAGCCAAUGAUCUAAGCCUUGAGGUUUUCUGGUAUUUGUAGUGGAGAUGGAGAUCCGCUUGGUGGACCCCAGGUAUGGAAUCCAAAUGUGGUGUGACUCCUUACUGUGGGGGAAUGCCAGGGCAACUUAGGCACCAUAGCAAUUACAGUGGCCUAUAGUGGCUAUGGUGCUUGUAGUUUACCUUAAAAUGAUUAUCUUUUGUGAUUCUCUGAAAACUAGUCUCGUUCUUUGGUUGUAACUUAUAUUGUCAUUGUAUUUACCUUGAUUAUUACAGAGCCACAUGGCGUUUGUCCCGUGGGUGAGACUAAGAAGAGGAAAAGUCUGGUUUGUCUGUCUGUACUGUGUAGUCGGGAUUCAGACUGUGCCGCGGAUGAGAAAUGCUGUGUCUCUGGGGAUGGACAGAAAUGUGUGAAGCCUUCUCCAGGUACAGAGACCACUUUAAUUUUUUAUUUGAAGUCUUAUGUUAAAAAUCCAUAUAUUUAAAACAUGAAUAACAUUACAUAGUCCUAUAGAGUGUCUCUAUGACAUUGUAACAACAGUAUUCCUUUGGGUCGUAGAGAGGUAGAAUUUGUAGAUAUACAGGACAUAAAUAGUUACAAUACCGUACAUUGCGGUCCAGGCAAUCCUCGACUUGCAAUAAGGCAGAGUUCACACCAGGCAGACUUCUCUACCCUGUGAGAAUAGCAUGUGUAUAUGGAUGAGGCGAUCCCAGGUAAAUCAAACAUGGACUAGCAAUUUGCACAUCUGAUAGAGUAACAAAAUAGAUUUAAUUGGUUCACAAGACCACCAUAUGUUGCAUGGGGUGCCUCUAGAGAGCCUGCACCUCUAAAAGGAGUUGGGGGAAUUGGAGAAAAAUGUUGUUUGUGCGUGUGUGUUUAAUUAUCUUCUUGGGUGGUGUUGCUUAGAGAAAUACAGAAUAAAUUGGUGAAGCAUUUGUAUUCUUUAUCUGUGAAGGAGAUGUGGAGAUCCUCGGCCCAACGUGACAUAUAAUUUGGGUGUGAGGGUGGCUGUUGUUUUAGAUGCGGGCCGCAUGUGGCUCACAGUGAACAUACUGUGGGGAUAUUUAUGGGAUGAUAAUAUUAAACAGUCGAGAAUUGCCCACUAUUUCAAUUCUCUUAGAUCUUAGAGAUCGUUUAUCAUCUAAUUGAAAUGUAUUCCAUACAAAUAAAAUCACAAUUUGUUAUAAAAAUAGAUUUAAUUUAUUGUAACAAAUUAAAUAACAAUAAUAUUAGGCAGCAUGCAUGAUAAUAAUCAGUGAAUAUUUAGUAUAACAUAAGUAUGCAAUACAAUGGAAUGGCUAUACACGUUCCAAUGGCUAACAGCAUCACAUGUCACUUAAUAAGAUUUAUGAGGGUACUUUAUAGACAAAAAGUAAAGCUUCACACAGCGAAAAGCCAUAAAACCUUGGCUAACAGUUAAAUCAACUGAGUAACCCUUUCAAUGCUGGCUAGAUCCACCUAGGCAUAUAAUAUCCUAUUCUCAUGUGAUUUUCAAUUAAAAUAACAUUCAGAUCAGCUCAUUAAUCAUUUCCUGGAACCAUCCAAUAAGAAUAAUCUACCAGAUUUUUACAAAAGCCGAAUUUUAAUUUGCCUAAAAAGAUAUCUUAUCUUAUUUUAGAGCAAAUCAAUACACCUGGAUAAAAACAGCAGUAUGCUAACACGUGAUACGAUCACAUUAAUAUAUAAUUAUUCUUAAUUCCACCUGCAGAAUGGAAUGUUAGUUAACUAAGAUUUCUAAAUAUGAAAUCUGACCAUGAUUUAUCCAGUCAUAUAUCAUGCUAUUAGUAAAUUUUAAUUAAUUUAAAUUAAUUAAAUAAAACCAUUAUAAUUACCAGUUAUGUAGAUAUUCUCAUCAGAUGAGUAGGUAGUCCCAGAAAUUUAUAAAACAAGAGAAAAGAGAGGCUGCGCCAAAAGAAAUGAUAAAAAGGUAGUAAAAAUUAUUGUAUAAAAUUAGUCCCAAUAUAUAUAAAAUUGAUCUGUGGUAGGAAGUUGUCUCAAGCAAUAUUUCAGCUGGUAAGGUAUCUUCUCUGUUUAUAGUAGUGCAGAUCGUCUCGUGAUAUGGAAGACACAAGAAGAGAGGACCAAUCGUGCAGAGUGUAUAUGAUGAUUAUAGGUGAAUUAAAAUAUAAAUUUGCCACUCACAUUUAGAUGAGCUAUGGCCAGCUCAGGUGUAGUAGGCACACAGCAGAACAAUCCCCACUUAUAGGAUAUACAGGUGCUUGUCCUCCAGGAGAAGAUGGUGUCCAACUCUCAUGGAAAGAAAAACAUAAAAACAACCAAUAGUGCUCUCUGAUGACACGAUGUAAAAAUGGAUAAAGUUAAAUAAAAUAUACUCACAAGUAGAGUGCAAGCCUAAUUGCACUCUGAUAAUAGUGUUGAUGGUAUAAUCCCCACCUCAGGAUAAGUUGAAUAAAAUGACAGGAAAAAAUAAUAAUAAUAAAAAUGUGUAUAAAAAAGUAAUGGCACAGAAAUCUAGCCAAAAAUGUUUUUAUUAUAAAAUACACAAUAUUAUAAAACCAUUCACGCGUUUCACCACUAGGGCUUUAUGAAAAUGGAAUAACAUUAAAACCUGGCAGGUAGGGGUAUAUAUAUAUACAUAUAUAUAUAUAGGUAUAUACAUAAUUUAAAAAUGGUGCCAAAAAACAUCAUUAACCAAUCAGAGUGAAGUAUUAUCCAUAACAAUAGUCAAAUUUGCAUUUAAAAAUAAAAUUGGACAGAAGAGCUUUAACAUCUUACAUAUUAACAAAUGUAAUCAUUUAAAAUUGAAUUCAAUAAAAACGAAAUGUAUAGGCAUGAAUAAUUAUGUAUAUAAUUUUAACACGUCACGUGACUCGCGCAGCACUAUGGGAAAUGUGGUGCGCGAGUCACGUGACCGGCGCCCACAGGAGUGUACUGGGACCGAAGCCACAUGGGAAAUGUAGUAAGUGCAGCCCCCUAAUCAUAGGCGGCUCGCACAAAGAAAGGGGUGGGUACAGAGUGCGUCACAUGACCCGUGGCACACAUGGAAGUAUGAUGCGCGGGUCACGUGAUCGGCAUACUUUAGGGGAUUAUAGCGGCGCAUAGCCGCAUGGGUAUUGUAGUUGAUGGGCGUGCGUCCUCCACCCUCAUGGGCAGUACAUAUAAACAUACUUGACACUAUGAGAAAACAUUAAAACAAUAAAUGAAGAUAUAUAAGCAUCUGAACUGAUAAAAUAAUUACAGACCAACAUAAGAAAUAAAUGACUGUAAAUAAAAACAUAGUUAAAAGGAGCCAUGUUAACUAUGGGCACCAGUUAAUAAAAAACAUCAAUUAGUUGAAUAAAUACAAUUGUAAAACCAAAAUAAAAUAACCGCUAUGAUAUGAAAAAUAAAAAGCGUAAUUAUAGCACAUUAUUAGUAAAAAUGCGGUCAAGUUGGGGGCAUCCUAGACUAUAAUGCCGUAGGUAACAACUAUGAAUAGGAUAGCCCCAACUUGACAGUAAGUGACAAUACAUAUACUGAAAAAAAAACUGUUAAAACAAAAUUAUAAAAUUUUUUAUAAAUCGUAGUCUGCAUUUAAACCUUGGGGGGCUAGGGUUUGUAAAUUGUAUACCAAUUCCAUUUCUGAUCUACCUAAAAUAUUUUUUAUAUUGCCACCUCUCCAGGGAAUCUUGCAUUUUUUAAUUCCAAUGCAUUUAAGAAAUUUGUGAUCUCGAUUAUGUUUCUCAAAAUGCUUGGAUACGGAGUGAUUUGGGUAUCUAUUUUUUAUAUUUCUGCAAUGUUCUGCUAGUCUAGUUUUUAGGCACCUUGUAGUCAUACCCACAUAUUAGAAGCCGCAUGGGCACUCCAAUAGGUAGAUCACAUUAGUUGCGUUGCAUCCAAUAAAAUCUUUUAUGGUAUAGUUCUUUUUAGUUAUAUUAGGCUUAAAACUAGUAACUUUUGAGUAUGUGGAGAGAUCAGUGUUUUUACACACAACAGUUGCUCCAUUUAAAAAAGUAUGAUUUGUAUUUUUAAUUUCUUUCGUAUAAUUAUUAGUUAAAAUAGAUCUAAAAUUUGGAGCACCUCUAAAGACAAUUUUAGGUUGUGUUGGUAAAAUCUCUUAAAGAUUGUCUUAAAAGGUGCCAAUGUUUUUUUAUUGUUUUUUUAAUAAAACCACUUUUAUUAUUAUUAUAGUUAAAUAUUAUAGGUAGGUUUCACUUACCCACACUGCGGCUGCAAUCCCUAGGAGCGGGCGCGGUGCCUGCCUUAACUGAGUGCGCCUCACCAACGCUUCCCAAAUCGACGCCAGCGACCAGCACUGGAAGUUCAUUUAGGGAAAUCAUCCCCAGACGCCGACUCCAUUUUACUGCAGCCCGCACCUGGACAAUGUCACUUGGAAAGCACCGAGCCUAUACCUGUUCAACAACCGGGAAGCCUGUUAAUACCGGUGGGCAGACGCUGCGCCCCUUGGCGGGACUUUGGGAAUCAGCGGGCCACCUGGGUGCACAGCGGGGACUUACCUUAUGUCUUGGCAUAGGCUGCCUCUCUUAUCCUCUGCAUCGUCAGAGCCACCGGCACUCUCAGUUUUAAACGAUAUGCAACAUCUAAGGCACACACCGUGUAUUGUACCAAUGAUAGCCCCAACAGUUUCCACUUGGGCUGCAUUUACUGAUAAGCAUACAUCCCCUCAGUUAAUGUUCACGUAGUGUUUGUUUAUUUUCAUGCCUUCUGCUCACUGCUUAAUAUGUGACAUCAUGACUGGUGGUAUCCUACCUGCAUACCUAUGUUGGCUAAGCUUAUGACCUAAAAACUCAAUAGAAAUGUCAGUAUGUUUACCUGUAUUAGUAUCUCAUAUGUCAUAACUUAUAACUGACAAAUUAGAUUAAUGAUCUAUCCAAGCCUGUUUAAACGCUAACGAGUCGUUGCAUCUGAAUGUUAGACCUCUUAAUUAUCGUUACCCUUCCUAUUUAAAAAAUGUAUGCAUACCCAACAUGCCACAAUACUGUCAUAAAAUUAUUUUGGAAAUCGAGCCUGCUGACGCUGUUGUGGCGAUACAGGCACUGUUGUACCUAUCUGCAUACCAAAAAUAAAGAAUUUAAAAAAAAAAAAAUAUUAUAGGUAGGGUAGGGGUUUCUGAAGUAUUUUUAUCCUUGUAAGUUAAAAGACUUUCUCACUGUUUGUAUUGUAUUAUUCAACUGUGUAGGUGAGUAAUUCUUAUCUACAAAUUGUUUCUUUAAAACCAGCGAUUGUUCAUUAAAAACAUCAAUAUGGGAACAGUUUCUGCGUGUUCGUAAAAAAUCGACUUUUAGGGGCACUUUCAAGCCAAGGCUUGUAAUGGCAGCUAGUUUGAUCAAUAGCCGUGUUAGUGCAUACUUUUAAAAAAAAAAUUUUUGGUGUGUACUGUUCCAUCUUUAAUAAAAAUAUUUAGAUCUAAAAAAUUGAUUGUGUCUUUACUGUAUUCACAAGUCAUGACAAUCCCUCUGUUAUUAGAAUUAAGAUGUGAAAUAAAGGAGUUGAGGGAAUCCUCAGAACCCUUCCAUAUAAAAAAACAGAUCGUCGAUAUACCUAAAAUAGGAGACCAGGCUGUGCUCCCAGGCAUGCUGUCCCCAGAUGGCGCUGGAUUCCCAGUCAGCCAUGAAGAGGUUGGCAUAGCUGGGGGCAAACCUGGUCCCCAUAGCUGUCCCUCUCUUCUGAAGGUAAAGAGCCAAAAAUAAUUAUUAUUUAAAAUAAUAUUGAUACCCUCCACAAUAAAAUCUAUCUGAGAUUCUGGGAUUCUCUUUUCAUUUAAUAAAAUGGUUUUAACAGCCUGACAACCAAGUUGAUGGGGAAUAAUGGUGUAUAAAGAGGUGAUGUCACAUGUGACAAGUAUAAAAUCAGAUUUCCAAUAAAAUCUAUUUAAAAACCUUAAUAGUGUCAUUGAGUCUUUCAAAUAAGACUUCAUAAGUUUCACUGAAGGUUGGAGUAAAGUGUCAAUGUAUUGAGAUAAGUUACAUAAAGGGGAAUUAAUCCCUGACACUAUAGGUCUACCAGGAGGGUGUUUAGCAUCUUUAUGUAUUUUCGGCAAAAAAUAAAUUACCAGAAUUUUGGGAUAUUUAAUAAAUAGAUAAUCAAAUUCUUUUUUUUGUUUAAAAUAUUUUCAUCUAAUCCCCUUUUUUUUUUUUAAAUGGAUAGUUUGUGUUGUAGAGAGGAUGUUGGAUCUUUGGGUAAUUUAAUGUAUACGGCAGUGUUGUUUAAUUGUUUUAUAUGGUUCUUCGAGAUACAUGAUACUUGAUUGAAUGACUAGACCUCCACCCUUGUCUGCAGGUUUUAUGACUAUAUCUUUAUCUAUAUCAAUUUUUUAUAAUUUUGUUUUAACUGUGGUUUUUUUUGUUUGUUUGUUUUUCAGUAUAUGUAUUGUCACUUACUGUCAAGUUGGGGCUAUCCUAUUCAUAGUUGUUACCUACGGCAUUAUAGUCUAGGAUGCCCCCAACUUGACCGCAUUUUUACUAAUAAUGUGCUAUAAUUACGCUUUUUAUUUUUCAUAUCUAAAAUAAGGCCAUAUAGCUGUUAUUUUAUUUUGGUUUUACAAUUGUAUUUAUUCAACUAAUUGAUGUUUUUUAUUCUUUUUUUUUUUCUGGUGCCCAUAGUUAACAUGAUUCCUUUUAACUAUGUUUUUAUUUACAGUCAUUUAUUUCUUAUGUUGGUCUGUAAUUAUUUUAUCAGUUCAGAUGCUUAUAUAUCUUCAUUUAUUGUUUUAAUGUUUUCUCAUGGUGUCAAGUAUGUUUAUAUGUACUGCCCAUGAGGGUGGAGGACGCACGCCCAUCAACUACAAUACCCAUGCGGCUAUGCGACGCUAUAAUCCCCUAAAGUAUGCCGAUCACGUGACCCGCGCAUCAUACUUGCAUGUGUGCCGCGGUUCACGUGAAGCACUCUGUACACACCCCUUUCUUUGUGCGAGCUGCCUAUGAUUAGGGUGGCCGCACUUACUACAUUCCCAUGUGGCUUCGGUCCCAGUACACUCCUGUGGGUGCUGGUCACGUGACUCGCGCACCACAUUUCCCAUAGUGCUGCGUGAGUCACGUGACGUGUUAAAAUUAUAUACAUAAUUGUUCAUGCCUAUACAUUUCGUUUUUUAUUGAAUUCAAUUUUAAAUGAUUACAUUUGUUAAUAUGUAAGAUGUUAAAGCUCUUCUGUCCAAUUUUAUUUUUAAAUGCAAAUUUGACUAUUGUUAUGGAUAAUACUUCACUCUGAUUGGUUAAUGACGUUUUUUGGCACCAUUUUUAAAUUAUGUAUGUACAUAUAUAUAUAUAUAUAUAUAUAUAUAUAUAUAUAUAUAUACCCCUACCUGCCAGGUUUUAAAGUUAUUCCAUUUUGAUAAAGCCCUAGUGGUGAAACGCGUGAAUGGUUUUAUAAUGUGUAUUUUAUAAUAAAAACAUUUUUGGCUAGAUUUCUGUGCCAUUACUUUUUUAUACACAUUUUUAUUAUUAUAAUUUUUUUCUGGCAUUUUAUUCAACUUAUCCUGAGGUGGGGAUUAUACCACCAACGCUAUUAUCAGAGUGCAAUUAGGCUUGCACUCUACUUGUGAGUAUAUUUUAUUUUACUUUAUCCAUUUUUACAUCAUGUCUUCAGAGAGCACUAUUGGUUGUUUUUAUGUUUUUCUUUCCGUGAGAGUUGGACACCAUCUUCUCCUGGAGGACAAGCACCUGUAUAUCCUAUAAGCGGGGAUUGUUCCGCUCUGUGCCUACUACACCUGAGCUGGCCAUAGCUCAUCUAAGUGUGAGUGGCAAAUUUAUAUUUUAAUUCACCUAUAAUCAUCAUAUACACUCUGCAUGAUUGGUCCUCUCUUCUUGUGUCUUCCAUAUUACGAGACGAUCUGCACUACUAUAAACAGAGAAGAUACCUCACCAGCUGAAAUAUUGCUUGAGACAACUUCCUACCACAGAUCAAUUUUUAUACAUAUUGGGACUAAUUUUAUACAAUAAUUUUUACUACCUUUUUAUCAUUUCUUUUGGCGCAGCCUCUCUUUUCUCUUGUUUUAUACCUUUACCAUAGAGGGUUAGAGGGUUACCCUCUGUCAGGUUGCUGCCUAUCCAUUGUUUUAUUAGCGCUAACCUAUCUCCUGUUUUCCUUUGAGUCCCAGAAACUUGAUUGGUUGUAUGGAGGUGCGUGAGUAAUAGAGAAAAGUGAUGUUGGUUAGAAAGUCAGAGUAAAAUUCUAAGUGUCAAGGAGUUGUGUCCAAGAGAGUUUAAGAGUAGAGUUGUUAGAGUGUCCUGGAUCUCUCUGCAUGUCCGAAUCUGAAUGCCCAAACUCUCAACUCCCUCUCUCUACCAACUAAUCUCUCUCUUCCCUUUGUCCUAACUUUUAAAGGGCCUGACUCUCUGUACGUCAUUAGUUGAUAAGCCAAUAGGAAACUGUAGAUGUGUUCAAUCUAUGGAUCGCAAUUUAGGUAUUUGAUCCAUAGAUGGCAGUCUCGUCUAACUAAACCUUCCUAUCCAGGAAAGAGUUAACUUUUCCUGAUGACGAUUUUGACGUCAUUUGGCUUAUCUAAAAUGACUACCAUAACUUAGAUCUGCUGGCAGUUCAAAGCGUUUGUCUCAGUCUUUGUGGCAACUACUUUGAUUUCUAAAAUUGACAGUUCUAAACUCAAUUUCACCCCUUACUUACAAUGGGAACUUGUAAAAUUAGUUACUUAGUCUUCUCUGUCACUAGUGUCUGUGUUUAUAUAAUGCAUUCCUUAGCUCAGGCUCAGUGGUUAGUGAAAUCAAUGAAAUUGUGUCUUUGUUAUCCUGAAGAUAGCAAAAUGGAGUCCGCUCUGUUCUGAGUGACUCUGGCAAUAUACACUUUUAAUUUCUUUCUUAGCACAAAAUGUCUGCCGAUAUAAAUAUCCUGACAAUACUUGCAGCCCACCUGCCCUGGGGCCGCUUUCAGCUGUGUCUUCGACCAGCCGCAAGACAGGAAAAAUAUUUCCUGAUUCUUCCUUUCCCGACCACAAGAGGGCAGAGUGUCUGCUGAGCAGACCAGAGCAGCCACUUCCCCUUCCCUCCUGCUCACAGUGCCAGCCACUCCCCCUUCCCUCCUGCUCACAGUGCCGGCCACUCCCCCUUCCCUCCUGCUCACAGUGCCAGCCACUCCCCCUACCCUCCUGCUCACAGUGCCGGCCACUCCCCCUUCACUCCUGCUCACAGUACCGGCCACUCCCCCUUCCCUCCUGCUCACAGUGCCAGCCACUCCUACCCUCCUGCUCACAGUGCCAGCCACUCCCCUUCCUGCCUGCUCACAGUGCCAGCCACUCCCCUUCCCUUCUGCUCACAGGUGCCAGCCACUCCCCUUCCCUCCUGCUCACAGUGCCAGCCACUCCGCCUUCCCUCCUGCUGCAGUGCCAGCCACUCCCCUACCCUCCUGCUCACAGUGCCAGCCACUCCCCUUCCCCUGCUCACAGUGCCAGCCCUCCCCUUCCCUUCUGCUCACAGUGCGGCCACUCCCCUUCCUUCUGCUCCAGUGCGGCCACUCCCCCUACCCUCCUGCUCACAGUGCCGGCCCUCCCCUUCACUCCUGCUCACUGUGCCCGGCCCUCCCCCUUCCCUCCUGCUCACAGUGCCAGCCACUCCCCCUGCCCUCCUGCUCACAGUGCCAGCCACUCCCCCUUCCCUCCUGCUCACAGUACCAGCCACUCCCCCUUCCCUCCUGCUCACAGUGCCAGCUACUCCCCCUAAAUUAGAGGUACGGCGAUGGGUACCAAGUUCGCCCCCAGCUAUGCAAAUUUAUUUAUGGCGUACUGGGAGGAACAGUUUAUUUACCAGAACCACACAUGGGGUGCGAACUUGGUAAACUAUCGCCGGUACAUAGACGACAUAUUUUUUAUUUGGACUGCGUCACAAGCAGACUUAUUGUCUUUCAUCGAUUAUUUGAAUAAAAAUCAGUGGAAUAUUAUUUUAACAGCACAGAUUAGCACACGACAAAUUAAUUUCUUGGAUUUAGAAAUUUUCAUUAAACACGAUACAAUUGCUACUAAGAACCACUUUAAAGAAGUUGACGCCAAUAGCUACAUUAGGAGAGAGAGCUGCCACCAUACCCCAUGGUUGAGCAAUGCUCCCAAAGGUCAAUUUCUACGAUUAAGAAGUAAUUGCACAGACGAACAAGACUUUUUAGAACAGGCAAACAGGAUUAAAAUACAAUUUCUGGAAAAAGGAUACGAGGAAGGCCCUCUCCAAGUAGCUUUAAAUGAAGUCCAAAACACUCAUAGAGCAGACUUUUUAAAAUAUAAACAAAAAAAGAAAGAUCCAAAUUGGAACCAAAACAUUCCCUUUAUAUGUAAUUACAAUGGCAACAAUAGAAAAAUUAAUAAGGCCAUAACAAAACAUUGGCACAUAUUGAAGGAUGAUCCGAUUUUAAAAACUUUAUUACCAAUAAAACCAAAGAUAAUUGGUGCAAAGAAUUUAAGAAAUACUCUCGUACAAAGUAGUAAUAAAGAACACAAAACAGGAAAUUCUUUUUUUACUAUGAGCAAUGGCUUUUAUGGAUGCGGACAAUGUUUAGCAUGUAAAAAUAUUAUAAGUAAAAAAAGACACCUUACAGAUCUAGAACCAGUUAUUAAUAAAACAUUUGUUAUAAAAGAUCACCUAACAUGCCACUCGAAAGGAGUUAUCUACAUCCUAAAAUGUCCAUGUAACCUACUAUAUGUAGGGCGCACGAUUAGAAAAUUAAACAUAAGAAUAGCAGAACAUAUACGAAACCUUAAAAACGGAGUAGAAACCCACAGUGUUUCGCAUCACUUUAAACAAGUUCACCAACAAAACCCUGAAGGGAUGUUCUUUUGUGCGCUAAAAUUGGUAUAAAAAAAAGAUUGGAGGGGUGGAGACUAUGGCAAUAAAAUAGGCAAGGAAGAAAUGAAAUUCAUAUUUAAUUUUAAUACCAUGAUUCCAUAUGGACUUAAUAAUGAUUUCGAAUUAUGCCAUUUUAUGCAAUAAAUAUUAGUUUUAAAUAAAAAAUAUUUUAAUAUUUUAAAAUAUUUUUAUUACUUGGUUUCCACAAUUUUUUUUAAAAUAUAUUUUUUCAAUCAUAUAUUUUUUUAGUUUAGUAAUCCAGCAUUUUAAUAUUAAGUUUUAAAUCUUCCAUUUAAAGAACUCUAAGUUAUAAAGUCAUAAUAGACCCUAAUACUAUUUUUGCAUAUUUUAUUAUGUGACUUCUGUCCUCUGUUUUAUCUCUAUAUAAUAUAUAUAUAAUACAUCUUUUAUACUGCAGUCUUAUGGACCAUAUAGACCAAACAGGAUACUUUAGAAUUUUUAUUAUGUUAUUCUUGUAUUUUGUCCAGCAUUCUAACAUAUUAUCUAUAUUUAGGACAUUAUAGGCACCUUCAAUCCCUUUUGUUAUUGUGAUUAAUAGUAUGAAUGUAUAUAUUGUUGUCCACUCUAUUCAUCCUAGGGUAUUUUUUGGUAUAUAGUAUUUGUAUACAAGUGUGAUGUCGCUAUGUAUUGGAGGAGUGAGAUGGGAUUUGUGCAAUGGACUCAUUCUCCCUGUGGCUAGAUGGAAGAGCCCGAUAGUUGUGACAAGCAGGCAAUCGGAACGCAUGUGCGUUCCAUUGGAAAGGAACUUGGACACGAGAGCCAGCAAUGGCAAGCAUGUUGCGUUCCGGCGGCCGGAACCCGGAGGUAAAUGCCGACGUCGGAACGCAUGUUGCGUUCCAAGCGGCCGAAACCCAGAAGUGCCGCAUAAAAGCGGCGAAACCAGCGGAAAACUUCUUUUAAAAAGAAAAAAACGAACUGAACACUACAGAGGCAACUGAAGAAGCCUGUAUAUCAGGCGAAACGCGUUUUGGACACUCUUGCUCUAUACAGGACUUUACCUAUAUCCAAUAUUUAUUGGUAUAGUGUUUCUGUUAGUAUUUAUUUUUCACUUUGUUAACAUUUUAUUAUUGAAAAUAAAGAUACAUUAUUUUUAUAAAUAAGAACAAGCAACAUAUUGAGAAUUUUUUGGGCAACACUCAAAGGACCAUAAAGAGGAAUAUCUAGGAACCAAUGACAUUAGGGUCUGGACAACCCCCCAAUGGUCCAAAGGAACAUACCUCUAGAGUCAUAUGAUGGUAUGACUCUAAUCGUGUGAGUUUAACCCAUUUAUCUCUACUUUUAUCAUCUUUAUUUGUUCAGACUCUCUACGCUAUUUGUAUUUAUUCUGUUUUACAGAUAAUACAGGACAUUACGCAGCUCCACCUAUUACCUUGUAUGUAUUAUGUGGCCCAUAAGGCCUUGAAGGGAGAUUCUGGGGUGUUUGUGCACCCAUAGGAAAGAACUGAACAGACGUGUUAUGGUUGUGAAGAAGGAUUUUGGUAGAGCAAUGGGCAGGGUUUGUAACCUGUACAACAAUUUAGGUAGGGUGUUUAUUUUUAGAAUAUGCUCUAAGCGAACCAGCCAAAUAACGAUUUAUGCCAUGUGGCCAGGUCUGUCACUGUAGAUUGAAGGACUCAAUAUUUUACUAAAUCGUUGUUUACUUCGCUCAUUUUGAUCCAUUCUACUGCUUUCAAUUAUUAACCUUAUUAACUCCAUUCUUCAGAUUUAGAUUUACUCAAUGUGUGCCCUCCAUUUGAUCCCUCCAUCUGUCCACUGGCCAAACCAGGGCCUGAUGACUGUAAAUUCGACAGUCCGUGUCCAAGUGGCAAAAAAUGCUGUUGCUCCAACUGUGGCUGGAAAUGUGUAACCCCUGUGCAAGGUAAGCGAGAAUAUUCCUUACUGGUUUAUCUCCACCAACACACACUUAUUGCAUAUAGUAUAUUGAGCACAUCAUGGCUUCUCAUUUUCUCAAUUCUCUUUGGUUUUUUCUCCUUCAAACACUUAACUUCCUAGUAUUUGCAUAUCCUGACCUCAACCAUUAGGGCAGUCAAGAUCCAAAAAUACGACAAAUUUCAUCUUCACAAUGUAUAUCAUGGACAAUUGUUUUGGCCUUCUAUAGGUGUCAUCAGCAAGGUGUAGCUGAUACCCAUCUAGGCACGGGGGUCCACUUCUGAAUUACCCAUUUAAAUUAGGGAAAAAGCUCAGAGAAACUCAAUAGACUCAAUAGGUGUCAGAAUAGUUGCCCACCUAAGGGCAAGUUAUUUUGUCUGUUCUCAGUAUUGUUUUGCAACCUGUUUUAGUUUGUUUGCUAUCCUUAAUGUAAAAGCAUAAUCCAGAUGUGGACCCCAUGCUCACUAGAGGAGUAUCCGCUACACCUGACUAUAAGGCCUAACAAGACUGAAAUGAUCAUCUGGGGUUGCUGUAUCUUUCGUACAGAGGGCAUUUUGAAUCUGAACCCUCUGUUGGGAUCAGCCUGAUGUGCAAAUAGCUUAGGUUCUCUCUGUAAUGGCAUAACGUGAGCUAAAAGCAGCUUGCGAAGAGUAAGCUGUUUGAGUUGUUACACAAAAUGGAGAAAUAAAGUAAACAGAGUGCAGGUCAGGAGUCCGGAUACAAGUCAAGGGCUCAUGAGCUGCACCACUGUAACCACCUAAUAGGGAGCUCUAAUGAGGGGGUAACCCUCCAAAAUAUGUAGGUAAUAGGAGUAGGUGAUGUGUAGAGUCCCACAAGGGGACACCAACAUCAGGAGAGCUCCACUGUAUAAGAAAUGAGGAAGGGAGGCCCUACCUUUAAUCAAUCUAAGGAUAAAAAGGGAUAUGCAAACAAAAAGUAUAACUUGAAAAAAAGGGAGAUCUACUAAAUAGUGUCUGGAGUACUAGCUAGCAUCUAAGUUCCAAUUCCCCUAGUGCCCGACUGACAGGAAGGUAGUGUAAAUGAGGUUAGGGAGAGAGAAGAGGCACAGGGUCCCCAGAGAACAAGGGACCGGGUAAUCCAGUCUAAACGCAGAUGAAAAGCCUCUCACAAAAAAUAAAUAAAUAAAUCUCUCAAUUCACCCUAAAAGUUACCUCGACACCGUGGUCUAACCACUAGUGUCUACCUGAAGCAACUCUACCUACUAAAGUUAUAAAUAAAUAAAUCAACACGUAAAAAUCAAUAACCAUAGUGGUAACAAAAAUAAAAAAGUGCUACCAAGUGCAGAGAUUAAAGAAAAAGAAAACGCUCAACGCGCGUUUCGGCGUGUUCAAAACGCCGUCGUCAGGAGCCUGUGAACAUGAGCAGCUUGUUGUUCCAUUUAAAUACCUAUUAAUGAUGAAAACAUGGCCAUCAGCUGUUCAAUGUGGGAGUUCCUGAGGGGCGGAGUAUCUAAACUCUAUUCUGCAGCCUGCCAGGGGUGUGUCAUGUCGUCACAUAUUCUACAUAUCAAAAACAUAGUGAAGAUACACCCUGCCAAUGACAUAGCUUAGCUGGUAAAAUCCCUGACUGCAAUGCCUGCUAAAAAAAAAGGCAAGGCUGCAGGUUCAAAUCACAGCAAGGCCAACCCAACACCCCAUCCGUCCAAGAUCGGCAAAACAAGCUCCAUCAAUGGGGCAACGUUAACAUAUACUACUGGUCAGCUCCGAGAGCUGUGUCCCACUAAGAGAAAGGUGCCACAUAAAUAUAUGUUAUUAUUAUUCUUUUAACCCCUUAACGACGAGUGAAUUGCUGUAUUAGAAUUGCUGUAUUAGAGGCAGACCGGGAGCACCCGAUAGUGCUGCCCAGCACAUGUGCUCGCUCUGACAGCAUGUCAGAGCGAGCACAUGUGCUUAGUAUACUUACCUUCCGCCUCCCUGCACUUCCUGGUUCUGUGUGAAGUGCAGGGAAACGGAUCAGUGAUGAUCCUGCCCCCUGUUAAAAAAAUAAAUAAAGUUAAUUUAAAAUCCCACCCCCCUUUACCCAUUUUAAUAAAAAAUUAACCCUUUCCCUGCCAAUUGAUUUUAUUUUAUUAAAUCAAAUUUAUUUUAUUAAUUCAUUUCAGUAUUUUAAAAUUGUAAAUUUAGCUAGCUUGGGUGGGUGGAAGUUAGUGGGGAAUUGGGGGAUUUGGUGUUAGGCUAAUUAGGGGUUAACAUUAAAAAAAGUUUUAAAAAAAAGCUUUAAAAAGUUCAAAAUUAAGUUAAAAAAAGUUUUAAUAAUGUUUAAGUAAGAAAUAAAAAAAAACAAAAAAACACCCCCCUUUAGCCAGUCCAAAUAAGAAUUAACCCCUUCCCUGCUAGUCGAUCACUGCCUACAGUGAUCAAAAUACAGAUCACAGUAUUAUACUGUGAUCUCAUUUUUUUUUAACCCCUGACAAUUAACUUUUAUUUUUUUUUUAACCCUCAGGGGUUCAAUUUAUUUAUUUAACUGAUUUAAAUAUUUUAUAAUUAUAUAUUUUGCUAGCUGGGGUGGGUGGGAGUUAUGGGAAAAUGGGGAAUUUACUGUUAGUGCUGCUUACUGCUAGUUAGGGGUUAACGGUAAAAAAAAAAAAAGCUUAGAAACAUUUUAAAUCUGUAAAAAAAAAAGGUUUCAAGAAAGUUUAGUAAAGUUUAAAAAAAAUUAAUAAGAAAAACAAAAGUUUAAAAACUAGUUUAAAAAAGUGAAAAAAGUUUUAAAAAGUAAAAAAAUACAUUUAAAAAUGCUCAUUACCACUACACCUGGAACAAACUAGAGAAAAAAUGAUGCCACGCCAAGGUUCAAAAUAUGCCUUUUGAAUUACCCAGGCUGUAUUCUUUAAUACAUGUGUUUGUGGGGAAGUUUCAAUAACCAACCAUCUAAACUACUCCAAAUUGGAACAUGGACACAGCGUAAAACUUCAAAGUUAGAAAAAAACUGAAUGGCUGCGUCUCAAAUGUGCACCUUCAACAUCUACAUAUACCUGGCAACGGUACAUACGGGGGUAUUGCUGUACUCAGACCACAUAGCUGAGCAACAUAUGUAGUAUUAUACAGUCGUAGCACACAUACGGUUUGCAAAAUAUACUGUGCAAACUCACUUUGUGUGUCAAAAAGGCAGAAAAAAACGCUUAUUACCACUACACUUGGUACAAGCUAGCGGAAAAAUUAUCCCACGCUAAGGUUCAAAAUAUGCCUUUUGAAAUACCCUGGGAUGUCUUCUUUCAGAAAUGGUAUGGCUUUAUGUGGUAUUUGGGUUAUAUAGCCUAGUAAAAUAUUCUAAAAUGGGACAUGGGCACAGCGUAAAAAUUUUAAGUUUGAAAAAAACUGGAAUGGCUGUGUCCCAAAUGUGCCCCUCCGAUGUCCACAUAUACCUGGCAAAGGUACAUACGGGGGUAUUGCUGUACUCAGACCACAUAGCUGAGCCCCAACACGCCAUGGCAAACUUACCAAGCAGCACUCCUCAAAAUGGCCUCCGCACGCAAGCCAUGUGCGCGACCUGCCAGCAUAAUGGAGCCGUGACCAUCCAGCGCCACCCGAUCUACUCCAGGGCCGUUCCGGCUGACUACAUAGAGAUCAGCUGUGGUGACUACGAAGAGAGCGGGAACAAAGCGGGGAAGCAAGUAACUGCUACCACCUGCACAAAACAGCCCAUGAAGAGGGAGGCAGUCAGACCCAGAUGCCGCAGCUGAGCUACACAACCUGCACUCUGCCUCCUUCACCGUAUCACCACCUGUCCGGUCCAAGAGGAACAGACAGCAAAGUACAACCUACCAUCCUCACGGACUGGGCCUAGACAAGAUUUUCAGCAGUAUCUCUUAAAUGAACACUCACUCUUAUACCUGCUUUAUGUUGCAUAUCCAUGAGUAUCACGCUAGGCCCCGGACAUCCAACCCUCCCUCUGUAAAUUGGCUAACCCCUAUGGUAUGCUAGGCUGCAGGUGGGUCGAAAUUACACACAAGCUGAGGGUAAACUAAGCAUUAAUAAAUAAGCCUGCUGACUUGGCAUUAUGGCAUUUUGAAUGCAUGUGUAUAUAUAUAUAUAUAUAUAGUGAGAUCCGUGUCCCAAAAGCGUAGUAUGGACCUGUAUUAAACGUGAGAAACUAACCUAACUCAAGCUCUGACCAAACAUGAAUAUAGUAUCAGUGUAUUUGUACAGCUGAAACUACAAUGCUACAACUGCUUAUACUCUUAGACCAUAAUUUUAAUUCAAUGCGGUAUUCGUAUGCUUAAACCUGUUUAUAAAACAAAAUUGUGCAUGUUCAUCUUGUGCCCCGCUUGUCUCGCAUGGGAAAAGCUAGAGGACUGCCUUUGGGGUACCUCUCGCCUGUUUGUGUUAUAUCUAUGCACUACAAAAAUAAAUAAAUAAAUAAAUAAAUAAAGAGAGUUACAAACAUCAUGAACUCAUCAGAAGAUCCCAGCCAAAUAACAAAGACAUCAUCAAUGUAUCUUUUUCAAAAAUAAAUUUUAUCAUGAUAGAUCGAUAAAGUCUGGUCCGUGUCAAUGUGUGUCUCCCAGUUGCCCAAGUAUGCAUAGGAGGGUGCGCAUGAAGUCCCCAUGGCAUUACCCCUAACUUGUUGGUAUACUUUACCAUUAAAUAAAAAGACAUUCUUGGUCAAGAUAAAUUUAAGGAUAUCAGAAAUAAAGUCUAUGUAUGCUGGUGGGGCAUUAAGUGUUUUCUGAAGAGUGGAUCUAACGCUUUUAAUCCUCAAUUUAUAAGGGGAUGGAGCUAUAUAAUGCCUCUACGUCCAGGCUACAUAAGAUGGCUUCUUCUGGUACCCUUAGGUUCUUUAACCAGUGUAACAUUUGUUUUGUAUCUCUGAUGUAUGAUGGUAAAUUGCUUGCAUUCUGGGUUAGAUUAUCCCUUCCUGAUACAAUAGGCCUGCCAGGUGGAUUCGUCAAGGACUUAUGCACCUUAGGCAGUUGUUUGAGUUGUUAUCCGUUCUCUGUACUCUCUUGCUCACUGUUUUCGUUUAAAAAAAAAACUAGAAAGAAAAUUGGUGCUCGAAUGAGCAGUGAGGUAGUUGAGGAAGGUAAGAGGUCUCUGCCCUGGACUUUUUAUUUUUGGUCUGGGUCAAGGUUUUCCAGGAACAAAGACACAAGGUCUUCCUAUUGUCUACUACUAUUACAUCCACACCAACAUGCAUGUGUGUAGUGUAAUACAGAACACAUCACAAGUUUCCAUUUCCUCCAUUACAGUUUGGUUUUAUCUCCUACAAACGUUUUUCUCCAUUGGUUUAUAGCUCACAGUUCACUCUGAGCCUCUUUUUGUGUCCACUCCUGUGGCACCUGCAUUUUUUCCGGUCACCCAGCCUGUUGAGGUACAUCAUGGACCCCUUCUUUCUCUAUCUGAAUCCAAAAUUCAGAAGUGUCAACCUUUCUUAUAAAUUACCAGAGCAUUUGUCUGAUGGAGAUCUUUUCCAGCAUGAAAAGAUCCCAGUUCUUUUAUUUAUGAAAUCAAACAGUUUUUCCUGUAGAACAUCCUGUAGGAUCUGUUGGUUCUCUAAACAAGACACUGACUUAUUUAAAAUUAACAGUUUUGUAAUGUUCUGCCUUCUAUUCUCUCUGCAGUGAGACCAGGGCGCUGUCCUCCUAUCAAAGCUAAGUGUUUGUUGCCACUGCCAAAGCCCAAAUGCCAGACGGACAGUGACUGUCCCGGCAAACAGAAAUGCUGUAAUAUUUGUGGGAAUAGCUGCUGGGAUCCUGCGGAAGGUAAUGUGAUAAUGAAGUCCGUCUGAUAUAAGUGUAUAGCAGAGUCACAGAGCUCCCCAUGUUACAGUUUCUGUUAAAUAGAUAAUUAGUUAUAUGAAAACAAAGUCAGUGUUCCUCGCCCAAAAAAUAGUGAUAAAAAUAUUACAUUAUAUUUUUCUGAUUUGUUUGAGAGGUAGAAGGAAUAUUCCAGCAUUACUUUAGGAGUCCCUGAGAUUUUCACUGGAUCAGCAAAACGUACAUUGAAUUUAAUAAAUAAUGUUCUGCGUUGUAUCUACUAGAAUGGUGUUCUACCUUCCUUUGUAUGGUAACCAUUAAUGAUGGAGGAGAAAUGUCCUUCCGUCAAAGGAGAACGUGCCUGAAUCUGCUUCAAAGAAGCAUAUUUCACUUGCUGUGAGAAUUCCUAAAGAGACCUUUUUAAUGUUAAUUUUUAUGAUGUUUAAAUUUUUGACAACUUUCUAUAAAUUUGUUACUGGCCACGUGGUUUUAUUCUCUUGCUAUUGAUGUCUCUAAUGGCUGGAUUAAUUCUUGGUGUAUAUUUCUUUGUUAUAUUAGAGCCACAUGGCGUUUGUCCUGUGAGUGAGAUAAAAAAGGGAAAAAGUCUGGUUUGUCCAUCGGUCCUGUGUAGUCGUGAUUCGGACUGUGCCGCGGAUGAGAAGUGCUGUGUCUCUGGGGACGGACAGAAAUGUGUGAAGCCUUCUUCAGGUACAGAGACCCCAUUAUUUAUAUUGAACGCAGUGUGUGGGUGUCAGCCAUUACUGUUAGCAUUUACUGUGCAAUCAAUAAAUUAUUAAACAAACACAUGGUGAUAUGUGAACUGUAAUAAUCUCACUUAAUUCCAAUGGGUAGCAGAUUAGUCUGUGAUAACUUUGUUUCCUAGUUUUCAAUCAUAAGUCCAUUAUUACGUGUGGAUUGACCCAAUAUGUUUCUGGCAACCAUACAGCCUCUUUUUACACUUUACUCAUCAACGUUAAUAUAUUUUACUGACUUUGUUUUCUCCAUUCUUCAGAUUUAGAUUUACUCAAUGUGUGCCCUCCGUUUGAUCCCUCUAUCUGUCCACUGGCCAAACCGGGGCCUGAUGACUGUAAAUUCGACAGUCCGUGUCCAAGUGGCAAAAAAUGCUGUUGCUCCAACUGUGGCUGGAAAUGUGUCCCCCCCGUGCAAGGUUAGCGAGAAUAUUCCUUACUGGUUCAUCUGCACCAACAUAAACUUAUUGCAUAUAGUAUAUUGAGCACAUCAUGGCUUAUCAUUUUCUCCAUUCUCUUUGGUUUUAUCUCCUCCAAACACUUUACCUCCUUGUAUUCUGCUCCACAGAUCUCUCUCUGGACAAAUGCCAUCUCCCUGACCCUUGUUAUAUAGUCUCCUUCCACACCUGCUCUGUCCAGUCACACAUCCAGUCCAGGCAUCUCGUUGGCCAGUUCUGGGAUCCUUGGAUUUCUCUAUACAUUAUCUACAACUUUCAUUUUAUCUAUGGACUUUUCAUAUCUUUUUCUGAGUGUCUACAAUUUUUAACUCCUUAUAUGUGGCGGCUUUCGCCUACGGAACGUCUCUGGAAUCCAUCCAUUCUGCUCAAUGUGACUGAAUUUCUAAUUCACUGACUUGUAACAUAUUACCUGCAAUUUGUUGUGUCCUUUUUGCAGUAAGACCUGGGCGUUGUCCCCCUAUUGUAGUCAGAUGUAAGUUCCCACCACCGGAGCCCACGUGCCAAGCUGAUCGUGACUGUCCCGGCAAACAGAAAUGCUGUAAUAUUUGUGGGAAUAGCUGCUGGGAUCCUGCGGAAGGUAAUGUGAUAAUGAAGUCCGUCUGAUAUAAGUGUAAUGCAGAGUCACAGAGCUCCCCAUGUUACAGUUUCUGUUAAAUAGAUAAUUAGUUAUAUGAAAACAAAGUCAGUGUUCCUCACCCAAAAAAUAGUGAUAAAAAUAUUACAUUAUAUUUUUAUGAUUUGUUUGAGAGGUAGAAGGAAUAUUCCAGCAUUACUUUAGGAGUCCCUGAGAUUUUCACUGGAUCAGCAAAACGUACAUUGAAUUUAAUAUGUUCUGCGUUGUAUCUACUAGAAUGGUGUUCUACCUUCCUUUGUAUGGUAACCAUUAAUGAUGGAGGGGAAAUGUCCUUCCGUCAAAGGAGAACGUGUCUGAAUCUGCCUCAAAGAAGCAUAUUUCACUUGCUGUGAGAAUUUCUAAAGAGACCUUUUUUUAAUGUUCAUUUUUAUGAUGUUUAAAUUUUUGACAACUUUCCAUAUAUUUGUUACUGGCCACGUGGUUUUGUUCUCUUGCUAUUGAUGUCUCUAAUGGCUGGAUUAAUUCUCGGUGUAUAUUUCUUUGUUAUAUUAGAGCCACAUGGCGUUUGUCCUGUGAGUGAGAUAAAAAAGGGAACAAGUCUGGUUUGUCCAUCGGUCCUGUGUAGUCGUGAUUCGGACUGUGCCGCGGAUGAUUGGGAGACUGAAUGUAAAUGGAUAUUACAGAUUGGGAGACUGAAUGUAAAGGGAUAUUACAGAUUGGGGGACUGAAUGUAAAGGGAUAUUACAGAUUGGGAGACUGAAUGUAAAUGGAUAUUACAGAUUGGGAGACAGAAUGUAAAGGGAUAUUACAGAUUGGGGGACUGAAUGUAAAGGGAUAUUACAGAUUGGGAGACUGAAUGUAAAGGGGAUAUUACAGAUUGGGAGACUGAAUGUAAAGGGAUAUUACAGAUUGGGAGACUGAAUGUAAAGGCGAUAUUACAGAUUGGGAGACUGAAUGUAAGGGGAUAUUACAGAUUGGGAGACUGAAUGUAAAGGGGAUAUUACAGAUUGGGAGACUGAAUGUAAAGGGGAUAUUACAGAUUGGGAGACUGAAUGUAAAGGCGAUAUUACAGAUUGGGAGACUGAAUGUAAGGGGGAUAUUACAGAUUGGGACACUGAAUGUAAAGGGAUAUUACAGAUUGGGAGACUGAAUGUAAAGGCGAUAUUACAGAUUGGGAGACUGAAUGUAAAGGGGAUAUUACAGAUUGGGAGACUGAAUGUAGAGGGGAUAUUACAGAUUGGGAGACUGAAUGUAAAGGGAUAUUACAGAUUGGGAGACUGAAUGUAAAGGGAUAUUACAGAUUGGGGGACUGAAUGUAAAGGGGAUAUUACAGAUUGGGAGUCUGAAUGUAAAGGCGAUAUUACAGAUUGGGAGACUGAAUGUAAAGGGGAUAUUACAGAUUGGGAGAGUGAAUGUAAAGGCGAUAUUACAGAUUGGGAGACUGAAUGUAAAGGGGAUAUUACAGAUUGUGAGACUGAAUGUAAAGGCGAUAUUACAGAUUGGGAGACUGAAUGUAAAGGGAUAUUACAGAUUGGGAGACUGAAUGUAAAGGGGAUAUUACAGAUUGGGAGACUGAAUGUAAAGGGAUAUUACAGAUUGGGAGACUGAAUGUAAAGGGAUAUUACAGAUUGGGAGACUGAAUGUAAAGGGAUAUUACAGAUUGGGAGACUGAAUGUAAAGGGAUAUUACAGAUUGGGGGACUGAAUGUAAAGGGAUAUUACAGAUUGGGAGACUGAAUGUAAAGGUGAUAUUACAGAUUGGGAGACUGAAUGUAAAGGGAUAUUACAGAUUGGGAGACUGAAUGUAAAGGGGAUAUUACAGAUUGGGAGACUGAAUGUAAGGGGGAUAUUACAGAUUGGGAGACUGAAUGUAAAGGGGAUAUUACAGAUUGGGAGACUGAAUGUAAAGGGAUAUUACAGAUUGGGAGACUGAAUGUAAAGGGGAUAUUACAGAUUGGGAGAUUAAAUGUAAGGGGAUAGUACAGAUUGGGAGACUGAAUGUAAAGGGUUAUUACAGAUUGGGAGACUGAAUGUAAAGGGGAUAUUACAGAUUGGGAGACUGAAUGUAAAGGGAUAUUACAGAUUGGGAGACUGAAUGUAAAGGGAUAUUACAGAUUGGGAGACUGAAUGUAAAGGGAUAUUACAGAUUGGGAGACUGAAUGUAGAGGGAUAUUACAGAUUGGGAGAUUACAUGGAAACGUGUUCUUUAGAUUGCAAGCCUUGCAGUUUUCUGGCACUGGUAGUGGAGAUGGAGAGCCGCGUGGUAUGGAAUCAAAAAAUGGUCUGACUCCUUACUGUGGGGGAAUGCCAGGGCACUUUAGGCUCCAUAGCAAUUACAGUGGCCUAUAGUGGCUAUGGUGCUUGUAGUUUACCUUAAAAUUAUUAUAUUUCGUGAUUCUCUGAAAACUUUUUGUUCUUUGGUUGUAACUUGUAUUGUCAUUGAAUUUACCUUGAUUAUCACAGAGCCACAUGGCGUUUGUCCUGUGGGUGAGACCGAGAAGAGGAAAAGUCUGGUUUGUCCGUCCGUACUGUGUAGUCGUGAUUCGGACUGUGCCGCGGAUGAGAAGUGCUGUGUCUCUGGGGACGGACAGAAAUGUGUGAAGCCUUCUCCAGGUACAGAGACCACUUUAUUUUUAUAAUCUGUAGUAGAUAUUUUCCAAAGAGGAGUGACCAUUAGCGGCUGAGUGUCGAGUGACUCUUAAUGUCUGAGUGAGUAUUAGUGACUGAGUGACUGUUUGCCGCUGAGUGACUAUUAGUUACUAUGUGUCUAUUAGUGUCUGACAUAGGCGUGCACAGGCUAUUGCAUUAGGGUGUGGAGGUGAGGGUACAUUACUUAAUAUCCCCCCUCCCUUCUUACCUUAUGUAGGGAGGGGGAUCCUUGUUCCUGCUGCUUUCCCUGGUGGUCCAGUGGAGAAUGAACUCUAGCCCCUUUGGGGAUAGAGUUCACUCUCGCGAGAUCUAUGCGUUGCCGCGGCAACGCUCAGAUCUUGCGAGAGGAACCCGGCAGAGCUGCUGGUUGAGCUCCCUGGGUCCUCUCCUGCCUCCCUCCAUGCUGCAGUGGGGAGGGAGGCUGAGAGCAGAGCCGGCGGAGAUCCUGAGAUAUUCCCUGCCGGUCUCACUCCAUAGGCGUGCCGCGGGGAUUAGGGUGUGCCCAGGCACACCCGGCACACCCCGUGUGCACACUUAUGGUGUCUGAGUGACGAGUGAUUAUUAGUGACUGUCUCCUAAAAGGAAGCACUCUACUCUCUCCUCCAGCUCUGCUUCACUCCCACCUUAUUUGAUUGCUAUUUCCUGUCCUAAUGUGUUUUAUACCCCAUCUGCUAUAGACUGUAAGCUCGUUUGAGCAGGGUCCUCGUCCACCUAUUGUUCCUGUAAGUUUUCUUGUAAUUGUCCUAUUUAUAGUUACUUCCCCCCUCAUAAUAUUGUAAAGCGCUACGGAAUCUGGUGGCGUUAUAUAAAUGGCGAUAAUAAUAAUAAUAAUGACAUUGUCUGAGUGACGAGCGACUAUUUGUGUCUGACGAGUGACUGUUAGUGUCUGAGCGACUGUACGUGACGAACGACUAUUAGUGACAAGUGACUGUUAGUGUCUGAGCGACUGUUAGUGACGAGUGACUGUUAGCGGCUGAGAGACUAGUUAUAAAAGUGAGAAUUUUUGAAAUUGGAAUUUAUAAAAACUGUCAAAAAUAUGACAAAAUUGCAGGCAUAUAAGGCAAAGAAGCUGAAGUGCUUGGGUGUCUGGAGUGUUCUAAAAGUGACCAUUUCAAGCUUGUCACUUGUUAAUUCCUGCUGCUUUCACUUAUCGAACCCCAAGUGCCACACUGACUCUAACUGUUGCAAAAAUCUGAAAUGCUGUAAUAUUUGUUGGCAAAGCUGUUGGGAUCCUGCGAAAGGUAAUGUGACCAUGACAAUCCUCAGACCGGAUUUUAAAAGUCUAAUGCCGGGGGGCGGAGCCUGACCUUCAAGCAGAGUGGAUGUGGGGUGCUCGAGUUUUGCACCAUCGACAAAUAUUGGGAUAUUAACCCUGGAAAACUUCCUCCAGCGCCAACCGCAAUAAGCCUCCCAGGUCGGGGGAUCCCAGGCAAGAAAUCCGACACCCUCUAUGCUACCUCUAUGCUACCGGGUGCCUGGGCAAGCCUGCUGCGGCCUGCCGAGAGUGGAGCCGGGGAGAGACGGCCGCUCUCCUCACUCUUGCAGUACUCCUAUCUUUUUCCUGCUAUGUACCUCUUGAUAAUAUUAUAAAACCGUGUGCAUUGUUAUUUCAGGGCAUGCCACUGCAUAACCAUGUUACAUUAGACAAUGGUAGCAUGUGCAGAAUCUGUAAAAGUCAUGUAAUUCCUCAUCUAUCUUCUUCGUUGCACUUGUGAAAGCGGUCGUGGCCUCACAAGUUAACAUGUAUUUUUCAGGCACAGCAAAAAUUUAAAAAGUCUAAUGCCAACUGCCCUCUGUGACAUACUUGAAAACGAGAGAAAUCUCAAUGUAUCCUUUCUGGUGAAAUAUUUUGUAAAUAAAUGUGUUUCUGUUCUCUCCGCUCUGUCUGCAGGGGGAGCUGAUUUGGUCUGAGAGCUGGGAAUGAAAUGCGUUGGAUCUGCACACGAAGGAAGAAGUAGAGAUUUAUCUGUCUGUGACUAAAUAUUGGCCAUGGUUUUCUCUUGUUUUUGUAAGUUGGAUUGUGGCAUAUCUUUUACCAUGAUUAAAGAACAGGGAAAACAAAUGAUAUAAUGUGUCUGUUCUCUGUACAUUACAAGGGUAGCCAUUCUUUUAGAAUAUUGCCAUUUAACCAUUGUCAUUAGUGAGAAGCUUUUAGUAGACGGAGAAUGUGCUUCUAAGAACCAAUUAAAGAUGGAAACUGUUAAUAGGUUGUCCGGAGUACUUCUUCCGUGCCAAUUUUUGGAAAAUGUCUUUAGAAAUGCUGCACUUUUUUAUUUAAUUUAGUGCAGACUAUAUAAGUAGGUUAUAAUUUAGGGCUUGCUGAGACAUUGCUAUUGAGUGGAUAUGUUGUGACAGCUGUAAGUGUCACCGUGUACCUAGAUAGUAAAUAAAUACGAUCAAUGCACAAA